CGGGCGCUGCACGCUGGUGGGCUUCUGCUGCCUGCAACUGGUAAGGCGGAGCGAGGGCGGCCCCUUCUCCUUCGCCCUCCCCACUCUCGCUCCUCUAUUGUGCUACCUUCUCGGUGUUUGUGUGUGAUCGCUGCUUCCUCUUUGGGUGGGUGACCUUGCUGCCAAGCCCCCCCCCCGGGCCGGCGGUGGGGAGGUUGACGAGGGGCUGGCCAGGGCGGAAAGUACUUCCUCCAGCCCACCCCCUAUGCCCUGUUUUGGAGAGGUGUGGGCUGGAGAGGGCGCUGCUGGUGGUUCAAGAGUGGGGCGAAGGGGUCGUCUGCUUGCCAAGGAUGGUGAUGUGGGUGGGGCGUUGGGGUUCCUUGUUUCAGGGAACUUGUGGGUUUCCUACAAUUUUGUCCGCCUCCAAAGCGGCUCGCGUCAAUCCAAAAGAGGGAGGCUUUGCCAUCGGGUUUACAAACGAAAAAAGGAAAAGUCAAGGCACCGGCAGAGUGGAGGGAAAAGGCAAAAGAGAGAACUCAAACUUUAACUAGCUUUGGAGUGAAUGAGGAAAUGCAAGCAUCGCACACAGAAGCAGUCAUUUAAAAAGUCGGUUCCGGUGUGUUUCGUGGGGCUUUGCUCCUUACAGGGGAAGAUGUCUUGCACUAAGGCAGACCAUUAGUCCAUCUAGCUCAAUAUUGUCUGCCCUGAUUGGCAGCGGCUGCCCCAAGUUUUCUGGCAGGAGCCUUUCCCAAUCCUUCCUGGAGAUCAAACCUGGGACCUUCUGUAUGCAAAAGCAGAUGCUCUACCAGUAAGCUGUGACCUUUCCCCUACUAAGUGUGUUUUAGGAUUGCUGGUGGCAGGUACAGUGAAGGUGGGCAGGAAAAGAAUAGCUCAAGUUUUGGAUCUAGGAUAGAGAAAAGUCUGCUCAGUAGAAUGACAUAACUCCUCUGUUUCCCCCUUCCACCUUUAUGUUGUUUUGCUAGAUCUAUCUGGUUCAGCACUAUCUCCAGACACGGUCUGCUGGAUGCUUAUGAGAAGCCCCUAGCCAGAUGCAGAUGAGGACAGGACUCCUUCAGCUUUAAUUGUUGCCAUUCCCUCUUUUCUGCUCCCCCUCAUUUUGUGGUUGGCCAAAGAUCCAUCCUGGAUCUUGGGACCAGAGGAAAGAAGUGGGACUGGAAAUAAUGAAUGCUUCAGGAAUCAGGAUGCAUAACAGAAAUGGAGAUGGGUUUCUAAGAAAAAUAAACAAAUAAGCUUGGUUAUGUGUUAUGGACACAAACUUGUAUUCCUCCAUUUAUCCACACCUGCACCCCCUUCCCCUUCCCCUGUUGUCUUGCCUGUGUUUUAAUUUUAGAUAGCACAGAAUUUUACAAAGUACAGGCAGACAGGUGUGCAAUCUAAGUAAUGGAUAAUAAAGUUAACAGAGGGAGAAAAGGUUCCCCAUGAAAUUCAGACUUAACCAGUCUUGGUUAGUGCAAGAAACCAGGAAAUAUCCCAACAAUAUUUGCCAAGCAAUUUUUUAUUUUAUUUUAUUAAAAACAUUCCCAGGGCAAUGUUAAAACAGCCACACAGCCUACAAGCAAACGAACAAAAGGAAUGCUUGGGUCGAUUAUGAUUCUAGAAAGGCUGAUCUUCCUAUUUAUACAGGAAUUACAGGGGUUAAUGCCUCUGCAAAAGUGGAAUGCUGUGAUUUCAUGCUUCUAUUAUGGGGAAUAUCAAUGAGACUUGGGUAAUGUCGAUAUUGUGUAACGUUGAUAUUGCCUGGAAACCAGAUGUAAACUUAAAAAGCAAAGCAGCAACAAGAGAUCCAACAAAAGGUGUAUUGCUAUUUGUACUUCAGUUUUGCAUGAAAGUUCUUUAGUUCUUUCUCAUGCAAAAUACAUUAGCUGCCUGGCCUGUCUUGAUCAGUGCUCAGGCUUACAUGAAACAAUUUGCUUCCAAAAAUUGUAUGGGAGUGCAUAACGCUUGGCACAUAUCUGUAUUGCCAGUUGCCAAUUGUAUUUAUCCUACUUUUCCAGCUCAGGGCAGCAUAUAUGUUAUCUCCUCUAUGAUUUUAUCUUCAUAAUGGCCCUGCGAGAUUGGUUAGGCUGAGAGAGUCACCUGGUUUGUACGUAAUGCUAGAGCUUAGUCUGCGUUGACGGACAUGAGAGAGUGAUCCCUCUUCUCUUCCAGCACAGCCACAAGACACAGCAUGCAUUGCUCCUGUUUCCAGCCGUGGUUACUGUUCAUGUCUGAUCUGUGCUUAGUGUUAACUGUGGUUUAGUGAAACGUGUCAGAAAUCGUUCACUGUGGUUUGAAGUUGUCUUGGUUCAUUGUGCGCACGGUGGCCACAGUUUACCUGGGUGUGAGCAUGAGUCUCCACAUUUAGCUGAAAACAAAAGUGAAAGCCAAUGAUCUCCUUGUGGCUGUGCCUGAAGAAGAGAGAGAAACAGAUGAGCCCAAGGCUUGUCUGCACAUGUUGCUAAUCCAGGGGUGUAGAACCCUUUAUUAUUAUUAUUUCAUGGGCCACAAGAUGGUGAUGGGUGAGGCCAAAACCCAAAGUGGAGCAACAUGCAUCUCUCUCUGCCACCCUCUCUCUCCUGCUUCUCUUGAUCUUCCUCCCUGCACAGCUGACUACAGGGGAAGGGAAGAUCACUCUUGCCAGAGGUCUGAACUAAUGGUUUGCAGAGGGCUCCCCACUCCUGCUUCCAUUGUUCCACCCAUUUUGGAUUUUCUGUCUGCUUCCUACUCCUGCAACUCCUGCCCCCUUUCUUUCCCUUUGCCCCCCCAUAUGCUGCAGGCCGCAUGCAGUUCUUGAGCCACAGGUUCCCCCCCUCCCCAUGCUAAGGUCCUGGUUACACCUUUUUCGAGGGCCACAUUCCCUUGUGGGAAACCUCCUGGGGGUUACACAAUGGGGCCAGGUGCAAACGUAGACAGGCCAACGGAUGCAAGUUUUAGCUUUGUGCAACAGGUUACAUUCCAAGCAUACAGAAGUCGGGUCCCUUCCAACUCUACAAUUCUAUGUUUCUAAGUCAGAGAUUUCCAGGGAUAACACACACACGCCCCGCCGGUCCUCCUUCCAGGCAAGAGGCAUUAUUAUCACAGUUUAAUGACACAUUCAGGCUAGACCAGAAGCACUCAAGGGUGUGGCCUGUGAAAUGGGGUGUGGCCUAUCAGAGUCCCAAGAGGUUUGGGAGGCCGCAUUUGACCGCCAGGCCUGAAGUUUCCCACCCCUGGUAUAGUGUUCACAUGUGAAUGACAGGCUAAAAGUUACCUACAGCUUUUCAUGGCCGAGUGGAGUCUUAAAACCAGUUUUCCCUGGUUGCAGUGCAGUUCUCUAGCUGUUACACCAUCCUGUCUUUUGAAAAAGAGAGCCUGUGAAAGGUUUUAUAGCUGUUUUGGGCUGGAGUGGAUCUGUCCAAGUAUUCCUUGCAUCUGCUGCCUUUCAAUGUAUGCACCCAGGGAAACUUUUAUUACAGAGUGAAAUCUGCACUAGUGGACAGCUCAGUCGGUAAAAUGUGAGACUCUUAAUCUCAGGGUUGUGGGUUUGAGCCCCACAUUGGGCAAAAGUUUCCUGCAUUUUAGGGGGUUGGACUAGAUGACCCUUGUGGUCCCUUCAUAGCUGUCAACUUUCCCCUUUUCUUGUGAGGAAUCCUAUUCAGAAUAAGGGAAUUUCCCUUUAAAAAAAGGGAAAUGUUGACAGCUAUGGGUCCCUUCCAACUUUACAUUUCUAUGAUACUGUGAGGCACUUUUAAGCUUGUGCAGCCCAUUCCUGCAACUGUAUGAGGACUGAGGCGAGGAGGAGGAGACUCUGUCAGCACCUUCCCCCAUCAUUAGUAAGCGUAAGAAAGAGAAAUUGUGAACAGCUCUUUGUGCUGAAACUUGCUUGUAGAGUAUGUUUCAACACUUUGCAGGGAGAUUAAAACUGCGGCCCUAAGUAAAUUUGCUUGGAAGCAAUUCCACUUUAAGCUGGUGCAUUAGUAAAUAUGGUCAGAGUCGAGUUGCACAACUUGCUCUGGGUACAGAGAAAAUUACUGCUGCUGGGUACAUCAUUGAUUUUCCCCUUGCUUGGACUUGAUCAAAUGAAACAUCUCUCUCGAUUCUAGCCGAAUGCAUGGAGGGGGAAGUGAGCACACAGAGCCUUGCCCACUUGUUGCACUGAUUCUAGCUUCCCUGCUCAUGGAUACAGAGAGCAUUCAAAUGCAUCCACAUGAACAGCUUAAUGCACAGAGAUGAAAAUGGGGUAGCCUUUCCUAUUUAAAACUGGAGAAGGGUUGUGGCUUCACGGCGGAGUGGGGAACUUGUGACUGUCCAGAUCUUGCUGGACUCCAACUCCCAUCAGCCCCAGCCAGUAUGGCCAUUGGUCUAGGGGGAUGGGAGUUGGAGUCCAGCAAUAUUUGGAACGAUUCCAAGUUCUGCUCUCAUAGUGUUGGUCAGAGAAGGGGAAUUUUGAGCCCUGGGACCAAACAUGGUCCUUCUAAGCUUCUCUGUCAGGCCCUCAGGACUCCCCCCUAUCUGCACCCCUCUCCCCAGGCUACAUCACACCCUCACCAGCACUACACUGGGCUAUCCUCAAGUGUGUUUGCCUGGCUGGAAUGUUGUCCUUGAACUGUGACAAAAUUCACAUUGCAAAGGUGCAUCUAAACACAAAAGGUUUCAAAAGGAGGGAUGGUUGCUGCUGAACCUCUGCUGGUAGGGAGUUCCACAGGGGAAGCCCUGCCACACUCAGUCUCUAGUGCUGAGAAAUCACCAGAGGAUCCUGGGUAAUCAUGAUGGAACAUACGGAAUCAGGUGGUACUUAAGGCCCCAUGUUUCCCCCCCUUGGUUUUGUUUGUAUGUUGUUGUUUUUGAAAACUUAUUAAAACAAAACCAAAGCACCACCAUGCUAUUGGGGACAGUGGAUGAAUGCCCAAGAGGCCAUGGGGAAUGGGCACCGGGUGCAAGCUGUUUUUCCUUCUCUGGCUUUUCCACCUCUGGUCAAGCCUACCUACCCCGAGAUACAUGAUACCACAGUAUCCUGGCCCUGUUUUUACAUUUCGGGGUUUUGCUGUUUUUCUGCACUGAGUGAAGGUUUCAAUUAUUGUUUUUAAGUUGUUGUCUUUGCCUCAGAAGGCAGGUCACCAUUUCACAGGUCCUGAAGUUACCACUGGAGCGUUGGCAAAAGGAAGGUUUGAUUGGAGGAGGGGUAAAGGGAUCCCUCUAUUUCCAGUUUGAGUCAAUUUACCUAUGUGUCCAUUCUGUCCAUGAUUUAAAGAAAUCGCAGUUUUCUGUCUAUGAUUUAAAGAAAUCAUAGUUGGAAGGGACCCCAGGGUCAUCUAGUCCAACCCCCAGCAGUGCAGGAAUCCUUUGCCCAAUAUGGGGCUCAAACCCAUGACUCUGAGAUCAAGAGUCUCAUGUUCUACCAACUGAACUAUCCCAGGUGCUGACUGAAUGUUCAUAUUUAAAUCAGCAUUUCAUCACAAAAUAUGUAUUUAGACAAUGCUGUUUUGUCUCAGUGGGUGAAUUUCUAAACAUAUUUUGUCCUAAAACACUCAAGCUGAUUUUCCCCACACAUUUAGUAUGUCUUUUAAUAAAUAAAUAAAUAAAUAAAUAAAUCUGUGGUCCAUAUUGCAAAAAUCGGAGAAGGUCAGAUUCGGAAGGCUAAUAAAUUACAUUCUGAUCUGCAUUUCCAUCCAGGAGGUCAGUUCACAUGUGAAUUGACAGAGAUCUAACUCUAGGAAGUAUCCCAGAGCAGGAGGAGAGAGUCUUGGCACACACCUCAAUACUGGAACCUUUCCCUUGACUUUCAUGUCCUGUAAGAGUAGUACUGCUGGAUCCAGCCAAAGGUCCCCCUAGUCUAGCUCUCUGUUUCUCCCAGUGGCCCACCAGAUGCUUUUGGCAAAGCCCACUAGCAGGGCACAAAGGAGUUUGCUCAUCACCCAACCCCUACUCUGCUCCUGGUAUUCAGAGUCACACUCCUCCUGAACCUAGAGGGUACACACAGUGGUUGUGCCGAGGUGCUUUAGUGAUGGACUGCUGUGGCAAAUGCACUCGACGUGAUCGUUUUUUACAUCUGCCCUUCGUAUGCCGAAGACCCUUAUCUCCCAAAUACCAUGUGAUUCAGGCUCUCGCAGUCUUUCAGAAGCUUCCUUUGUGGCUGGCUGUUGUCAGUUCAGCAGCCUCUUUGCCUUGAUGUUGGCUGUGCUUGAUAAUUGGAUCUGCCUCUUAUGUCCGUGUCUUAAAUGUGCUCUGUGACUCAUCAGCUGACUCACUCCAUCCUCAGUCCUUGUUCUUCUAUACCACACCACACCACUUGACACCACUGUGUUUCACGUCUCGGGAUCACUGCCCUGGUGUUCUGUUUGUGUGUGUGUGUGUGUGUGUGUGUGUGUGUGUGUAUUUUUGCAGGGGGUGAGGGUGGGUUGCGUGAUUUAAACGUUAGUGCACCUCAAAUGGGUGGUGCAGAAUGAUUUGGAUGCUCUUUGCUGAAUAAAUGCUCCAUUUUGGGACCCUUGGAAUAUUAUCCUAGUCACAUGGGAAGUUGUGUUAGAAACUCAGAUAUAUAAGGUAGGCACCCAAUGGCUCCUUAAGCCAAGGUUGCAGUCACCACAAUGGAAUGUCUAGGUGCCAUUUUGGAGCAAGUCUUGUUUUUCAAACGAUGAGCCGUAUGUGAUUGAUUCUCAGUUAAACAUCUGGCUAGAUGACAACCUUGAGCUUUGAGAACUUAAAGAAGAAAAGCCACUUAAUCACAUAUAUAUUGGCAUAUUCCGACCUCUUUGCCUUAAUGGUGACUGUUCCUGCUCAGGCUGCACACAGAAAAGGCAAUUUGGUUCCAGAAAUUCAUUCCAAUUGCACUGAUAAAAUAUAACUGAUAGAAUUCUACAGGAUGUGGUAUUAAUGGGUGUGAAAGCAGUCAAGAUCCAAUGAUCCCAAGAUACAGUGGUUCCUCGGGUUACAGACGCUUCAGGUUACAGACUCCCCUAACCCAGAAAUAGUACCUCGGGUUAAGAACUUUGCUUCAGGAUGAGAACAGAAAUCGUGCUCCGGCAGCGUGGCAGCAACAGGAGGCCCCAUUAGCUAAAGUGGUGCUUCAGGUUAAGAACGGACCUCUGGAACGAAUUAAGUACUUAACCCGAGGUACCACUGUAGUGAUGUCAGGUGCCCACACAUCUUCACUUGUUGCAAGUGGUCGACAGCCAAGUGCAAAAUGCUAAUUUUGAACACUGAUGGGAAGUUCUUCUUGCUCUGGGGAUCACCCACGUGUCCUCAAUCUGAUGUCAUAUUGGCACCAGGUGAUUGGCAGGUGGUUGGUUCCACCCACCUAUCAAAGUUGGCCCACCAGCAUGGGGGGGAAUAAUGCACAAAGCAGGACUGAACUUCCUACGUGUCGGAUGAAGUGCAGGAUGUUAAAUCCUGCCUUUAAGGAGUGCCACUAUGGUCAUGGUUAGUAAGUUGGACUGGGGAGACAUGGGUUCAGUUCCCAUUUGUCCAUGAAGCUUUCUGCGUGAAUCUCAGCCAUGCACAGUGUCAUUGAGAGCAUGAUGGUGGUUGGUGGGGAAUAAUGCACACUUGAUGGUGCCCUUAACUCCUUGGAGGAAAAAUGGGAUAAAUUUUCACUACAGCUCCUGUGGAACGCCCCCUCUGUGUUCCUUUUAAAUCUGUUGUCAUUUGCAUCUUGAAAUUACAGUCUGUUGUGCAUGCUUCUGAACCAUAAUGUGGCGUAGACACAUCCCCCCCUGCUCUAUAUUUUUUCGCAGCAAAUCUGCCAUUUUUAGAAGUGCAUUGUCUCAUAAAAUUAAACUGCUAGCAUAAUGGAUCGAUGCUGUACAAAUGAAAUUGAGCAAUUGAAAUUGGAUGUAACGCCAGUCAGAUCUAAAGUCCAAGUUGUAAUUAACUUUCUGCAGUUGGCUAUCCCUGGGAAGCAAAUGUUUUUAUGUGCACAGCUCAUCAGGCAUGCUAAAUCUGGUGUGUUAAUAAUUUGCAGUGUGUCCAAAAUCUGAAUAAAAUUGUAAACACUCCCCAAGCAUCAUCUCACCAAACUUACAGCAGGUCUAUUCACUGAGAAAGAAGGGAUAGUGGGGAACCUGGAACACAAGUGCAGCCUACCUACAUCUCACCCCAUCUUUCAGAAAUGAUAGACCUGUUCUCUGAUGCUACUCCACUGAGUGUGGUUUAAGUUAUAUACCAAAACAAUGCUCUACUUGGAAAUGGCUUUUUAAAAAUACUUGUUGAGUUGUCAUGUUUUAAAAUAUUUACAACAAAUACCCCACUUUACAUUAUUCACAUUUUAUAUUUCUAGCCAAUGGGCUAGAUGUUUUCGGUCCCCCAGUCCCUGCAGCCCAUUUUGUCAAUCAGGUGAACCCAUCCAUCUGUCAUUCGCCAUGAUUUUGGGUGAAGCAUUGUUUUUCUUUGCCCUCGGGAUUUGAUUUCAAACCAUGCAGGUGCAGGUAUAGGCCUUUGCAAGCAGUGCAAGUCACCUCUUGCAACAUGUCCAUGAUCAUGGUGGCACUUGCAAAGAUGGUGCAUGCAAGUCCUACUUUUGGCAGGGGAAGCUAUGCCUUUAUUAGCCAGGUAUAGGGCAGGCAGGCAGGCAUGAUUUGACUAAUAAUAAUAAUAAUAAUAAUAAUAAUUUAUUAUUAUUAUUUCUGGCUGCAUUUCCCCAGCCACUCUGGGUGGCUCCCAACAGAAUAUUAAAAAGACAAUAAAACAUCAAACAUUAAAACCCUCCCUAAACAAGGCUGCCUUCAGAUGUCAUCUAAAAAUCAGAUAGUUGUUUAUUUCUUUGACAUCUGAUGGGAGAGCAUUCCACAGGGCGGGUGCCACUACUGAGAAGGCCCUUUGCCUGGUUCUAUGUAACUUUGCUUCUCACAGGGAGUGAACUGCCAGAAGGCCCUCGGAGCUGGACCUCAGGGUCCAGGCAGAAUGAUGGGGGUGGUCUCGGCUUAGGCCUGGAGACCAGAGGUUCCCCAGUGCUGAUGUCUGCAUAGAUGUGGUACCCAGAGAUACUAGUGACAAUGGCAAUAAUAAUGUUGCUGUUUGUUGCGUGGCGCAGCCAAGGUGACCUUUUCAAAAUGUGUCACCUGUACUAUCCAAGAAGAAAUUUUCAUUCUGACAUGGCUUAUUCUUUCCAAUAACUUUUUUCCCCUAAGAACUUAAGAAGAGCCUGCUGGAUCAGGCCAAUGGCAUCCUGUUCUCACAUUGGCCAACCAGAUGCCUGUGGGAAACCUGCAAGCAGGACCCAAGCACAAGAGCCCUCUCUCCUCCUGUGGCUUCCAGCAGCUGGCAUUCAGAAGCAUCAUCACCUCCAGCUGUGGAGUCAAAGCACAGCCAAGGUGGCUAGUUUCCUCCAGGAAACUUUGUCAUAUUCUGAACAGAGUCUGUCCAUUGAUCUCAAUGACCUGGUCAUGGACCUCCAUGAUCUCAGUGCUCCUGACCUGGAAACUCCAUCCUUAUUUAUAGUGAUUGCUGAAUAGCUAGACAGGCAGAAGACAACCUCUUGCAAUAUCUGUAUCAAUUUGUAGCAGCCGCUGCAGGACAACAGGGCGGUAGGCCAAGAGAUUGGAUCAAGUUGCCUUUCUCCAUAGAUUGGGGAUUGGGGCAGAGAGAGAAGGGAGCCUAGAUUCUUCUAUAUGUGAGUUUUCAAUUACACAAUUAAAUGCACAAUUAGGUAUAAUUACCAGUGCUCAGGAGCCGCGACUGUUCAUAAUAGGCAUGUAAUCUACUGCAGUCACUGUUUAUACUGCUCAGCCCCUCUCCCUAAUGAUUAUGGAAUGCUUCCACAUUUGCAUGGUUGCCAUGGAAAUCAUGUUUGGAGCUGACAAACGGCACUCGGGAUGGAAGGCCGCGAUAUUUCUUUGGGUAGGGGGGAAGCUGCAGCUGCUGGAGGGAGAAGGUUGGCUGUGGGGUCUGUGGUGGCAACUGCGGUGUCCUAAGAAGGUCAGAAGAGCCUCCCUGAAUUGGGCCAAUGGCUCACCAAGUCCAGCAUCCUGUUCUUCCGGUAGCUGUCUGCGUGGGAAGCCCGCAAACCAAGACCUGAGCACCACAGCACUCUCCCCACUUGUGAUUCCAUAGCAAGGGGUAUUCAUAAGUGCACUGCCUUUGGUCGUCAAGGUUCGUAUCCAUUUAUAUCCUCCGUGAAUUUGUCCUCUUUGUAAGCCGUCCAAGUUGGUGGCCAUCGCUGCCUCUUGUGGGAGCGAUUUCCACGGUUUAGCAUUGUGCUGCGUUUGAAGCAAUGCUUGCAUGCCCUGCAUCUCCACUUAAAAGAGCAAAACCAUCAUGGCUAGUAGAUAUUUAGGAAGUUGUUGUUUAGGGUGGGUGUUUUAGAUCCUAUAAGACAGGCACGUCCAACUCCCUAGAGACUGCGAUCUUCUUCCAAUAUAAAACAACUGGCAGUGAUCUACCCAUUGUCAUUGGGGGGUGGGGAGACCAAAGUUGUUGAGUGUGCUGAGCCCGGGGGUAACCCUAGCAACGCGGUCCAGGUCCGGUCCCAAAUCCAAGGGUACCGCGAGGAGUCAGUCUGACAGGGCCAAGGCAGGACACGAGGCAAGAAACCAGGCAAGGUCAGGCACAGGGUCUCAGGCAGCAUCUAGCAUACAGCAAUGCUGCUCCCGCAACCUGGCGUGGGGGCUGACAGCCUUUUAUCUUUGUGGGGUAAUGGCCAGUCCUGAUCCCCCGGUGACUCACCUCCCUGUCUUGCCCAAAGGCGAGCACCCCUCCUGUGAGCACUCAGGUCUCUCCUUCUCUCAGACCUUAGUCUCUGCAGCUCGGGAGAUGUCGGUGGGUUACUGGACCCAGAGGCCGCCUCAGCCUCUCCUGACCCAAAUGGUAGUGGAGCAGCUGUGAGUGAUUGCCCAGCUGAAGGAAACGGGAUAAUCCCCGCAUCUAGAGCCAGGGCAGGCUCAGGCCCCUGACUCGGCCCAGCUGGUGCUUGUUGCAGGGGAACCUGUGCAGACUGGGGCUCUUCAGAAUCAGGCCCUAGAGUAGGUUCAGAUGCCGCCUGAGACAAAGGAUCUGGUGCGGACUGAGACUCCUCUGGUCCUUAGCCCGAGACUGAGACCCAGGCCAUCACAUUGAGCUUCUUUUAGGGUAGGCCAAAGUUGUUGAGCUUUCUUUAGGGGACCCCACAGUUGUUGAGCUUUUUUGAGGGGAGGCUAGAGUUACUCCCCUUUUUGCGGGUAGGAGGAGCGCUAAAAUCACUGUAAAACUACACUACUAAUAACAAGCAGGUGCAGCAAUACAUUCCGGCAGCAGCGGGAGGUGGAGCCAGUGAUGAUAAGGGAGCCCUCGAUCGACCACAAUGGACCGCAGUCAUUCAAGGAUCAACCUAUCAAUCACAAUUGACCUGUUGGACAUCGCUGCUAUAAGCAGAUUCCUCGGGAACACCUGUAUAUCCCAUGUGGGGUAAAAAUGUCUAAAGCUGUUAGUUGUACAUGCCAAUGAAAUCCACAGAGAGAAGGGAAAGUGUUUGGAUGAAUCCCAAACUUGAAGUGUGCUGCUUUGGAAUACUCUGAAGUAACACGAAUGUCCUCCAAAGUUGCCAACCUGGGGUUCUUCCCCAAGCUUUGUGGACAAAGGUGCUUCCAUGCAACCUGUUGUCAGGGACUGGGCAGAGGAGGAAUGGUGGAGGCCACCUCCCCAGCCUGACCCUUCCAGAGAAGAAGAAGACGGUUUAGAAUUACAACAGGGGGUUGAGGGAGAUCACAGCUCAGAGGCAGAUGAGGAGAAAAGCUGGGAAAUUAUGGGAGAGAAGGAGGAAGAAAUGGAAGCACCAGGGGUGACAGCUGAUGGACACAGUGUCUCCAGAAAGCAUUCCAGACCUCCCCUCUCUCCCAGAACCCGGCGAGCCUUGAAAGUAGGAGAGCAAAGAGCUCAAAGGCAGAGGGCAUGUAGCAGCACCUGUAGAAGUGACGAAUGAGGAAGUGGGAGAGACAACACCAUUAUUCUAAGAGGCUGCAUUCCCAAUCCUCUCUCUGUAAAUAUUGAAUAAAAAGCAGGUGGUAAGGACUUUUCCUUGUCUUAUCCUUUCCUGGCAACCUGCCGUGGGGGUUGGUUCUUCUGCCGCCUGACACCUGUCUAUUGAGAAUUCCUUCUGAUUUAUUUGGAGGGAGAUUAGUCAACAUUGGCUGUUUAAUGACCAGCCAUUUCUAUUCAUUUGCAGAGAAGUUAAACAAUGUUGCAUCUUUGCAAGUGUUGUCUUAUCCUUUCCACUCCAUUCUCUCAUCACUUUCUGUCAGCAGUAAAUCACACUGUUGAAAGUUGGAGUUAACUCUUUGUUAGCAAAGAUACGAUCUUCACCGGCUUCGCAGUGUGUCAGGCGUAAUGAGCAUAGCAGCUCAUCUGUGGUAGGUCUUACCCCAAAGUCCUCACCUCACUACAGCCGUCUUAAGUCCCCUCCUCUCCAGGAGACCCCACCUGCAACCAAUCUUUUGGAGAAGGUUUGUUGCAUGAGACUUCCCGGUCAACUAUAAUUGUUCAACUUGAAUAUGCUUGUACAGGUAUGUGCCUGAAUCCUGCCUGAAAAUAGUGGCUGCCUGGAAACACCCUAAUUCUGAGUGACAAUAGUGUGCCUGUGAAAAUCGAUGCCUUUUCCUCCAGGAUAGUGUUGGUUUUGACUGACAGCUCUAGCUUCCAACCAGGGAAUAACUUUGACAGAGGGGUGGGGUGGGGGGCUCUUUUCACUUCUGAUCACAGUGCUCUGUGUUUGGAGGGAUGCUGGAGGAACGGAUCCAUUGCUGUCAACUGAGCAGAAAACAAAAACAAAUAUGCAGGCUGCUUUUUGUACAUCACAGUUCCCUAAGCUCCGCACCUGUGUAGCCGAAAUGUUGCAAGUUGUUUUCCUGGGGAUGUCUGUAUGAUGUAUGCCACUUUCAUGCUUAUUCUUCCAAAACACUAGGAGGGGAGCAAAUCUUUCUACCUAAAGACUUUCCUUGCACAGGAAAUAGUUUAGAAAAUAUUGAACUAGGUGGAUCAAUGGUCAGUAUAAGAUAGCUUCCUAAGUUGAGGCCUGAUGUCUUUCCCUGUUGAUUUGCACAGGGAAAUGAGAAACAGGAAAGUGUAAGGAAAGUUGCUAUCCUUAUCUGUCUGAAAUUUGGUGGGUUUCUAUCCCCUUGGAAGGCGACAGAAUUUGCGGGGAAAUUGAAUCUAAUUCUGUUAAGCAAUUUAUUCAUUUAUUUAUUUAACCAACAACCAAAACACAGUGAAAACAAACAGUGACCCCCCCCCCCAGGCAGCUGAUACAUUGGGUAUACAUAAUCAAUAACAAUAUAUUCAAAUCGACCAUAUGUACAAUUCUUAACACUCCUCCCUCCACAAGGUUUAUUUGACUUUCAACAUUUUAAUUGCUCCAAAUUGUUCAAACCUGCCCAAAUAAUUCAAUAUCUUCUCAAACCAAUCCUCCUCCUCCUCACUGACCUGAAACCCUUUCAUUUUAUGUAUCUUCACAGUUAGAUAUUCUAAGAUUAUAAUAUUUUUUCAAUUUUCCCUCCAUUGGUUCCAUUUAAGCAAUAAGAAUGAGAAUAAUAAAGAUGUAGCCAGUUUCUCAUUUCCCUGUGCAAAUCAACAGGGAAAGACAUCAGGCCUCAACUUAGGAAGCUAUCUUAUACUGACCAUUGAUCCACCUAGUUCAAUAUUUUCUAAACUAACUGGCAGUGCCUGUCCAGAAUUGCAGACUGGAUUCUCUCCCAACUCUACUUAGUGAUGCCAGGGAUCGAACCUGAGAUCAGAGAAUUGGAAGGGACCUCAAGGGUCGUCUAGUCCAGCCCCUUGCAAUGCAGGAACCUUUUGCCCCAUGUGAGACUCGAACCCAUGACCCUGCAAUUAAGAGUCUCGUGCUCCACUGAGUGAGCUAUCCCAGAUAUCCCCUUUUGCCUACAAAGUAGAUGCUCUAGCACCAAACUGCCACCCUUCCCCCAUAUGUGGGCCUUAGAUUUUCCUAAGCGAGCUUCUUACUCAGUUCUCUGACUCAAAGUGGGUGUGAAGCAGUCUGUGCCAAAUUAACCCUGUGAAACACCCUGAGACCUCCGGAUAUAGGGUGGUAUAUGUUUUGUUCAGGGACGCUGGUGGCACUGUGGGUUAAACCACAGAGCCUAGGACUUGCUGAUCAGAAGGUCAGCGGUUCGAAUCCCCAUAACAGGGUGAGCUCCCGUUGCUCGGUCCCUGCUCCUGCCAACCUAGCUGUUCAAAAGCAUGACAAAGUGCAAGUAGAUAAAUAGGUACCACUCUGGUGGGAAGGUAAACGGCAUUUCCGUGCACUGCUCUGGUUCGCCAGAAGCAGCUUAGUCAUGCUGGCCACAUGACCCGGAAGCUGUACGCCGGCUCCCUUGGCCAAUAAAGCGAGAUGAGCGCCACAACCCCAGAGCCGGCCACGACUGGACCUAAAGGUCAGGGGUCCCUUUACCUUUACCUAUGUUUUGUUCUCAUUUUGCAUUUUUAUGUCGUGAACUGCCCUGUGAUAUUUGGUUGAUGGGCGGUAUACAAAUUUGAUUAAUUCAUAAUAAUCAAUAAAUUUAAAGUAUCUUUGUCUUAUUUUUUAAAAAGUAUAUGCUCCCUUGCACACAUGAAUUAAGGCAGUAUACUACAAAAGAUCAACUACUUGAAAAUUCAUUUUAAAACACAAUAAAGCAGCGUACAUGAGACCUUAAAAGGCCUAACCUAAAAAGCAAUUAAGUUUCAGUAUAUGCCUGGAUGAACAAAGGUGCUUUUAACUGCUGGUGGUGGAUGCUUGCUGGAUCUCUCAGCAUCUUGGUAUGAGAAGUGUGAUGGCUGAUUUGGAUCAAUGUUUGGCAUCCCUGCUGUCCUUCCUUUGCAAUCUGUUGUUAGUAAUGCCUGUUCCUGUGGCCAUGCUGGCUGAUUUAGUCAGAGCCCUGUUUGAGGAAUUGGCUAUCUUGCUUCAUUGUCUCCCUGUUCCUUGCACUGAAUAUGGUCUGAGAGUUUGCCAGAGCUGUCAACCCAAAGAUUUACUGGGUUGUCUCGAGAUGCUCAAAUGAAGAAGAAAAAGGGCUCCCUGUGGGCCUCGCAGAAAUGAGGCCGUGUGGUGGCCGGAUGCUAUUUCUCUUGAUUUGAAUAGUCUUCAGGAUUUCGUUUUGCAGCUUUCAAAGAGAGUCUUCCUGUUGCACUUGCUUUCUGGUGAUGAUUGCGGAAUUUCCCACAACUAUAUUUUUUCCACAGAGAUCAUUUAUGAAAAUGCCUUGUUUUCAUAACAUUGUGCAAUACCAGUCAAACUGAUCGGGUUCAAAAUUUUGUUUAGACAUUUUUCUGGUGGCUAUCUCAGGAAGCAUUCAUUGUGUGAGGAUGAUGAUGAUGAUUUUAUUAUUCCCUCAUGCCUACGGGACCGCCUUUCCUGGUACAGUGGUACCUCGGGUUACAUACGCUUCAGAUUACAGACUCCGCUAACCCAGGAAUCGUACCUCGGGUUAAGAACUUUGCUUCAGGAUGAGAACAGAAAUUGCGGGGCGGCGGCACAGCGGUAGCGGGAGGCCCCAUUAGCUAAUGUGGUACCUCAGGUUAAGAACAGUUUCAGGUUAAGAACGGACCUCCAGAAUGAAUUAAGUUCUUAACCUGAGGUACCACUGUAUGUCCCACGGAGGACCUUAUGGUCUUCAAAUAAAAACACGUUGGAGAUCCCGGGCCACAGGGAGGUUAGGCUGGCCUCGACCAGAGCCAGGGCUUUUUCGGCCAUGGCCCCGAUCUGGUGGAGCACUCUGUCACAAGAGACUAGGGCCCUGUGGGGCUUGACAUCUUUCCACAGGGCCUGCAAGAUGGAGCUGCUCCGCAAGGCCUUUGGCCAAGGCACAGUAUGACCCCCUCUCUCCUUCUGUAAUCCUCACAGAACGCUAACCCAAUGGUUGAUUCUGACUUGAUUUUAGAAUGUAUUUUAAUUAAUUGACUGUGUGAUUUUAUGUACACUGUGCUAUUUUCAAUUGUUAGCCGAUCUAAGCCUGGCUUUGGCCGGGGAGGGCAGGAUACAAAUAAAAAAUUAUUAUUAUUAUUAUUAAUAUCCCACCCAUCUAGCUGGGUUUUCCCAGCCACCUUGGGCGGCUUACAGCAUAUAUAAAAACAUAAUAAAACAUCAAACAUUGAAAGCUUCCAGAAACAGGGCUGCCUUCAGAUGUCUUCUAAAAAUAAUAAUAGUAAUAAUAAUAAUAAUAAUAAUAAUAAUAAUAAUAAUAAAUUUAUACCCCGCCCAUCUGGCUGGGUUUCCCCAGCCACUCUAGGCGGCUUCCAAUAAAACACUAAAAUACAAUAACCUAUUAAACAUUAAAAGCUUCCCUAAACAGGGCUGCCUUCAGAUGUCUUCUUAAAGUUUGGUAGUUAUUUUUCUCUUUGACAUCUGUUCGGAGGGCGUUCCACAGGGCGGGUGCCACUACAGAGAAGGCCCUCUGCCUGGUUCCCUGUAACUUGGCUUCUCACAGUGAGGGAACCGCCAGAAGGCCCUCGGCGCUGGACCUCAGUGUCCAAGUAUAGCUCUUUAUCUCCUUCACAUCCGAAGGGAGGGUGUUCCGCAGGGAGGGCGCCAUUUUUGUGAACCACCUGCGGAGAAGGAUGUAGUAGCCUGUGUUUGAAUGGAAUCUUUGGGAAGGGUAUGCCAUGAAAAUCCACAAGGAUCCCUUGCUGGGAAUCAUGGUGCUGACAUUCUUUUUGCACUGCAUGCUGCAUGUACUGCAUGCAUUCUCUGCUGAUUGGGACAUAGAAAAACCAUGGUUUUGCACAACAGCUGAUUUGCAAGUGCCUUGUUGGGGGGGCAUGUCAAAGAAGAGCUGCAGCGGGGAGGUUAGAUCUUUGACUUUUGCAGGAUUGUUAGUUCCCAGAGUUCCCUGAGAAGUGGGAUUUAUUGUUAAACCACUUUGGGGGUCUCCAAACACCUUUCAACACCCUUGGCAAACUACACUCCCCAGGAAUUUUGGGGGGAAGCCACAAGUGUCAGAGGGCCUUCUCAGUAGAAUCAUAGAAUCAUAGAAUCAUAGAGUUGGAAGAGACCACAAGGGCCAUCGAGUCCAACCCCCUGCCAAGCAGGAAACACCAUCAGAGCACUCCUGACAUAUGGUUGUCAAGCCUCUGCUUAAAGACCUCCAAAGAAGGAGACUCCACCACACUCCUUGGCAGCAAAUUCCACUGUCGAACAGCUCUUACUGUCAGGAAGUUCUUCCUAAUGUUUAGGUGGAAUCUUCUUUCUUGUAGUUUGGAUCCAUUGCUCCGUGUCCGCUUCUCUGGAGCAGCAGAAAACAACCUUUCUCCCUCCUCUAUGUGACAUCCUUUUAUAUAUUUGAACAUGGCUAUCAUAUCACCCCUUAACCUCCUCUUCUCCAGGCUAAACAUGCCCAGCUCCCUUAGCCGUUCCUCAUAAGGCAUCGUUUCCAGGCCUUUGACCAUUUUGGUUGCCCUCCUCUGGACACGUUCCAGUUUGUCAAUGUCCUUCUUGAACUGUGGUGCCCAGAACUGGACACAGUACUCCAGGUGAGGUCUGACCAGAGCAGAAUACAGUGGCACUAUUACUUCCCUUGAUCUAGAUGCUAUACUCCUAUUGAUGCAGCCCAGAAUUGCAUUGGCUUUUUAGCUGCCGCGUCACACUGUUGGCUCAUGUCAAGUUUGUGGUCAACCAAGACUCCUAGAUCCUUUUCACAUGUACUGCCCUCAAGCCAGGUGUCCCCCAUCUUGUAUUUGUGCCUCUCAUUUUUUUGCCCAAGUGCAAUACUUUACAUUUCUCCCUGUUAAAAUUCAUCUUGUUUGUUUUGGCCCAGUUCUCUAAUCUGUCAAGGUCAUUUUGAAGUGUGAUCCUGUCCUCUGGGGUGUUAGCCACCCCUCCCAGUUUGGUGUCAUCUGCAAAUUUGAUCAGGAUGCCCUUGUAGUGGCGCCCGCCCUGUGGAAUGCCCUCCCAUCAGAUGUCAAGGAAAUAAACAACUCUCUGACUUUUCGAAGACAUCUGAAGGCAGCCCUGCUUAGGGAAGUUUUUAAUGUUUGAUGUUUUAUUGUGCUUUUAAUUUUCUGUUGGUAUUAUUAUUAUUAUGGCACUUCCAAACUACAAACAGUGCAACCUCACUCAGUACAGAUCAAAUUACCUUGUCUGGAAUAAGCUUUGAUUAAAGGGAGUAACCUGCACUCCUCUGAGAGGAAGGUGGGCAGAUAUAAAUUAAACAAGUAAAUGAGUAAAUAAAAAUAUUUGGUGUCCUCCUGGGAUUGCUAUCCUGCAGCAACCCCAGUAAUUCCUGCAGAUUAUCCUGCAUGGUUAGCUAGCAAGCCACACCCCUUAAUAUUGCUGUUACUUUAACAGCAACACCAAUAGGCUUCCUUUCACUAAGAGAAGAUCCAACCUUUGAUCUUUCAAAUUUAGUAACAUCCCUUGUAAUAUCUGAAAGCAUUCCUAGUUACGAUAAAAAUGCUUGAUUUCUAGAACACAAAAACUUUCUGCUUAUUUUUAUCUCGUGUUUCUCUAUAAGAAAAUGUUACUGGAGCCAUGGUAGAAAUUCUGGUUAGAUUGCAUCUUUCUGAUAACCCAAAAUCUGCUCAACUCAAUUGAGCAUUCAUUUUAUAGUGUAGAUUCAUUUCCCUAUAUCUUAAUUCACUUGAUCACAUUUCUCUAUUAAAAAAGCAUAGGCCCCACAUCCAGGGAUGGGAGAGAAAUUUGCUUCAGUUCUUAAUUAGAGGCAAUCUAGCAAAUGAACCGAACAUUUGCGGUUACUUGAAUUUUGUGACACCGUUCUCCGGCUGAAUAAUGUGUAAAAAAAUGGAUAUGCUAAGUUAUAAAGUUUGUGUAUAAAUGCAUAUAUUAGUGAAGGUAACAUGCAGAAAUGUGUUAACUUUGGAGAACUUGCUUUGCAAAAAGUGAGCAACUUUUGCAAAACUGAAUGCAAAAUAUGUGUAUAUUAGAAGAAUUUUGAACUAAAAUGCUGAAGAAUUUUCAUGAGGACUUUAAGGGCUAUCCAUUAGCUGUCCUUUAAAAGACACACUUCUCUGAACUUUACAGUGCAGUUCUCUAGCCAAGUAAUGUGUUCCAAAAUGUAUAUAGUAGGAUAAAGUGUUCAUACAAAGGAAUACAAACAUGCUUACUGGGAGAAGUUCAGACUAAAACAUUAAUUAUAUUUCAUGAGGACUUCAUUUUUUAAAAGCGAUGUGCAAAUGUUCCGGUCAGACUGCUCAGAUCUACAGAAGUGGCAGUUUUACAAGUGCCGCGUAAUGAUCCUUCCACACUUGCAAGAAGUUGACCCUCUAGAGUGGCACCACCAACACUUUGAAACAACUUGCCCAUCAAUAUUGAGCUGGCAUCCUACCCAGGUGUGUUAAUUUUUAUAUGUGAUUUUAGCAAGUUUCAGUGUUAUGAGGUUACUGGUUUUGUUUGAUGUUUUUAAAAUGUUUCUCAUAUACUCUGUGUGUGUGUUUAUUAGGUAUUUUUCAUGACUAUGUUAGACCGUCUACUGUAAACAGCUUAGAGGUCUUGUUCUAGUAAGCAUUUUUUAUAUAUAUACACACACAGAGAGAGAGAGAGAGAGGGAGAGAGUUGUACCUUGGUUGAUGAACUACUUAUGAGUCAAGUGUUUUGGCUCCUGAACACCGCAAAUCCGGAAGUGAGUGCAACGGUUUGCGAAUGUUCUUUGGAACCCGAAUGUCUGGCACGGCUUCUGCGACUUCUGUUUGGCUGCAGGACUUCUGAUUCCUGCAGCCAAUCGGAAACCACACCUUGGUUUCUGAACAUUUUCAGAGUCGAACAGACUUCCAGAAUGGAUUCUGUUCUGCUUCCAAGGUACAACAGUAUAUAUAUAUAUAUAUAUAUAUAUAUAUAUAUAUAUAUAUGCAAGAAGGGGGAGAUGCAAAACCAAGAGGAAGCCUAUAUUGACAGAUUCACCCAUCAGUGGUUCCAGUAACACAAUAACUUCUUCUGUGAUAGCUGAUGCCAUAACCCCAUCCAGGUCCACCCUCCCCGCCCCCUGCCCAGCCCACACAUCAAAGGAAGUUCAGCAUUUUGUGGUCAUUUAAGCAUGCUCAAUAUUCAUUCGGCUGCUCUUUUUUCUUUUCUUUUUUUUUGGGGGGGGGGCAGAAGAGGAACCUCUAAGCAUGCUCUCAUUUCUGAGCGGCUCCAUUCUGGCUGCAUAGCUAAUAUCAGCACCUCACUUCGCUAAUAGCGGGAGUUAUUGUUGAUCAUAACUCUCACCUUAGGGGAGCAAUAAAUCAAUGGGAACUGUUGCUGUGCAAAUGUAUCAAUGACAACUCUGUUAAAAGUUCUGUUCCACCAGAUUAAAGGCCUUUCGGGCAUGCAAAAGUAAUAAGAUAGCUGAAUUAUCUUCAGCUUGGUUGUAUUAACAACUCUUAUCACAUCAGAGAAUGGUUUUUUUGUUUUAUAAAAAUAAAUAAAUAACAAACCAGCAAUCUUUUCUUGAGAUGGAUUUUUCUGAUGCACAAGGUUACAUGUAAAAUUUGUAUUAUAAUCUGCAUCAUUUUGUACAGAUAAUUAUCAUCCCAGUCUUUUCACUUUAGGUAUAGUAUUUAAUUUCUCUCUCUCUCUCUCUCUCUCUCUCUGUGUCUCUCUCUUUCUCUCUUUGACAUCCCCGUAAUUUAUCUGCCGUAUUCCCAAGAAUAGCUGUUUUGCAAAGUUCUGCUCUACUGCAUGCACAUUAAGAUCAUCUCAUUUCUACCUUACCAGCUGCAACUGUCUAUACUAUUUCUCAGAGCAAUUUAAAUUAAUGAUCUCUUUUUCCUUCAAACAAUGAUAAUUUAUUCCAGUCUUCCUUGCUCUCACUAUCUCCCCCACCCCAUCUGUAGUCAAAGCAAUCUUGUAUCUGAUCCCUCACAUAGGGUUGGCAUGCCAAUUGUGGGACUAGUCAUUCAUUCUCAGCGGACUGGUCAUUUGACCGCCUACUUCUGGUGCGGGGAACCUCAGGUCCGGGAGCCAAAUGUGGCCUUGCAGACCUCAGGACUCUAUACACAAGCCAUGCCCCUUGCUGGAUCUGCUCCAUACCCCAAAUAUUUUUGCCUGGCUGGAAUGUGUCCUUGAACUCCAACCAUGCUUCUUGCUUGUCUGAAUGGAGGAUUCGGGAGGACUGUGUGAGUAUGCAUAGAACCUGGUCAGUGCUAGAAACUCAGAUAUAUACCGUAUUUUUUGCUCCAUAAGACACACUUUUUUCUUCCUAAAAAGUAAGGGGAAAUGUCUGUGCGUCUUAUGGAGCGAAUGCGUGGUCCCUGGAGCCGAAUUGCCCAGGGGCAAAAAGCAGAUCAUGCUUCUUCUUUUUUGGAAAGAGGGAAGUGGGUGUUGAAACAAAGCCACCACUGAUCGUUUGCUGAUUGGGGAGAGAGAUAAGGGAUGCUAGAGAUAAAGGAGGCUGCCUGGGAGGGGGAAGGUAAAGACAGCAAACUUGCAAGGCGGGGAAGGGGGACAGGAGGACUAAAGCAAUAAGGAGAGAAAUUAGAAGAAAAGGAGGAGCAAAAAACUGCUCCAGCUAAGGAAAAGACACUAAGGCAAACAAGAGGGAAGGGAGUGUUGAAAGGAAACAGCUGAUCGGUGGGCCUGGGAGAGGGGAGGUAAAAGCCCAUGGAUCCUCAGGAUUUUUACAUUGGGCCACCCCAAAUUCACCAUCAGAUCACAUAGCAUGUCCAUGGCUACAGCCUGCACCAAAGAAAUCAUGCAUCCACUGUUUCCUGGGAAUGCAAUGGUGCAAAAAUGUGAUUACAAAGCACGGAUCCACAUGGAUCCUCAGGAUUUUUGCAUUGGGUCACCCCAAAUUCACCAUCAGAUCACAUAGCAUGUCCAUGGCUACAGCCUGCACCAAAAAAAAAUCACGCACCCAAUGUUGUAUGGGGCCGCAAUGGCACAAAAACAUGGUUACAAAGCACCGAUCCACAUGGAUCCUCAGGAUAAUGCAUUGGAUCACCUCAAAUUCACCAUCAGAUUACAUGUCUGUGGCCACAGCAUGAACCACAAAAAUCAUACAUCCACUGUUUCAGAAUAUUUUUGUUCUUGUUUUCCUCCUUUAAAAACUAAGUGCGUCUUAUGGUCGGGUGCGUCUUAUGGAGCAAAUAAUACGGUGAUCUAAUCGCCAAAUGGCACCUUAAACCUAGGCUGCAGACACCAUAAUGGAAUGUCUAGGAGCUGUUCCUGCCCCCCAUUGGAUUUGUUGUGGCUGUUAUUCAUUCCAUUUCUAUACCACUGUAUAUUUUAAAGAACAAAUCUCAAAGAACAUUAAAUAAUCAGAUAAAACAAUCCAGAAUAAAACUAAUGCAAGCUUCAAGGGAAAUAUUUCAAAUCCUUCCCAAAGGGACAUUUUGCUUUCCCCAGUCGCCAUCCUGGUAUCCAGAGAUCUCCACAUGGUUGCAAUUGGACUAGCACAGUCACAAAACGUGCCUGGCCCCUGGCUAACUUCGUACACUGAACCCCCAUCUUUCAGCCCAGACACUGAGGUCCAGCGAUGAGGACCUUCUGGCGGUUCUCUCACUGUGAGAAGUGAAGUUACAGCGAACCAGGCAGAGAGCCUUCUCAGUAGUGGUGCCCAUCCUGUGGAACGCCCUCCCACCAGAUGUCAAAGAAAUAAACAACUAUUUGACUUUUAGAAGACAUCUGAAGGCCGUCCUGUUUAGGGAAGCUUUUAAUAUUUGAUGAAUUGUUGUUUUUUAAUAUUUUGCUGGAAGCCAACCAGAGUGGCUGGUGAAACCCAGCCAGAUGGGCGGGGUAUUAAUAAUAAUAAUAAUAAUAAUAAUAAUAAUACAAACGCCGGCUCCCUUGGCCUAUAGAGAGAGAUGAGUGUGCAAUCCCAGAGUCCUCCAUGACUGGAACUAACAGAGGUACCUUUACCUUUACCCAUUCUGUGGCUUCAAUAAGCAACUCCCAAGCAGGCAGAAAUACACAAUUUUUUAUUUUAUUUUUUCUUUACAGGAUAGAGAUGCAGCAAGAGAGGAAACUUCACCUCUAUCUUUUUACUUAUUACACAUAUUAUUUCUCCACCCACUUUUGCCUCUGACCCCACCCCCGACUGAGAAGGUUGCUCAGAAGAGAAUGUUGCUCUUGAGCUGAAAAAGGUUUUCCACCUCUGGCCUGCUGUGCCACAUAUUCCAUGAAACCAAGAAAGCCCCUGUGUAUGGGGCAGCUUAUCUUUUUAAUGUCAUUGUCAUAUCAUUUGUUAGCAAGUGGAAGAGCAAGGGCUGCCUGCCUCCUAGUCCUGUAGCCGUCAGGGACAAACCCAGAAACAGUUUAUUAUUCAUUUAUUACAUUUUAUGUCCCACCCUCCACAAAGUGGUAUACGUGGUUCUUCUCCCCCCCCACCCCCAGUAUUGUAUCUUCUAAGCAACCCUGCAAAGCAUCAAACCUGAGAGGCCAAGGUUCAAAUCCCCACUUGGGCUCAAAGCUCAGCCUUGGGCUAGCCAGUGUUUCUCAGUCUAACUUACCUCACAUGGUUGUUGUGCAGAUAAACUUGGGUGAUGCAUGUCUACUUCCUUGAGCUCCUUGGGAGGAAAUAAAUGCAAUAAAUAAACAAAACAAAACAUUUGACUGGUCAGCUGAGCAAAUCUCUCAAUCUCUCUCUCUCUCUUUCUCUCUUAACCCAUUAACCUCUGACAGGCAUUUAGUAAGUAUCUGCAUCACUCAAAUAUGAACAUCCUGGAUUAAAUUUACAUCAAGGAAAAAGCCACUCUCAUCCACUCUCACUUAUAAUUUCAGCGAGCCUUCCCUUUGGAACAGCAUCUGGAGUGUUUUGUGAGCCAGGAUUGUAAAUUAGACUCUUAGGCCGGAAUCCAAAGAGCUACUUCUGGGCUCCCCUAAAAGGAUUUGGACGUGCCCAGUGGGAUUUAAAACUUCAUGUCUUUAAGCAGCAAAUACCCAUAAUGGGUGAAGAAAUAGCUUUUGAUGUUCUUCUUUGCAGGGCUGGCCCACCCUCACUUGAGGCAAGUUGAGGCAACUGCCUCAGGCGGCAGGAUCCACUGGGGCAGCAGACCCCAAUGUCAGUCUCUCCCUGCUCCCUGGUUCCUGGUGUAGAUCUUCCCUCACCUUUUCUUCCCUGUGGGCAGGAUGCCAUUUUCAGAUCUACCUUGGGUCCAAAAUGUCUUGGGCCGGCCCUGCCUCUUUGUUUCAAAGAAGCAGUGGUUUUAGGCAGUGGUUUCUCUCAGGCCUACAUGGAUAUGCUAAGGACUGAACAUAGGAUCCUCUGCAUGCAGAGCUGUGGUUUGCCACUCAGUAAUAGUCCUUCUGAAAGUCCUGAUGUCAGGUGUAAGGCAGGUGGGCGUGACUUGCCUGAAACAACCUCUCGGGCCAAAUGGUGAGGACCAAAUGUCGCCUGAGAGCUGGAGUUUACCCACCCUUCCUGUACUAGAUUUGAUGGUGCUUUUAUAUACGACAUUGUUUCAUAUAUGUUUUACUGUAUUGUGAAAUCUGAGGAACCAAUUCGUAGGAACCAAUUCAUAAAUUAGUACAGUCGUACCUUGGUUCUCAAACAGAAUGCAUUCUGGGAGUCCUUUCAAUUCCUGGAACCAUUUAAAAACCAAAGCACGGCUUCUGAUUGGCAGCAGGAGCAUCCUGCAGCCAAUUGGAAGCAGCGCCGGAUGUUUGGCUUCCAAAAAUCGUUUGAAAACUGGAACACUCACUUCCGGGUUUUGAUCAUUCGGGAGUUGAUUUGUUUGGGAGCCAAGGCAUUCGGCUUCCAAGGUGCCACUGUAAUAAUAAUAAUUAAUGGAAUAAAAUUUCAAAGAAUUACUGUGAGUUGCUGAAGACACACUUGUUUACUUUGGCCUUUGAAAAUUGAUCCUGGUUUCCUUCCUGUAUUGUGUUGUAUGGAUUGUUCAUUUUGGCAUUAUGGAUGGGGUGGGAAAUUUUUACUGCUUUAGUUGUGUCCUUUAUAUGAUGUAACUCACCCUUGGAUCUCGGACUGAAGGGCAAGUAAGAAGUACUACUACUGCUAACAAAUGCUACGAAUGCUGUGAGAAUCCUAUUUAUGCCAAUGAUUGGACAGCAAGAACCUUGCCUGAGAAAAGAAAAGCAGCGCAUGGAGACAUUCAGGGUCUUGUGAGCAAUUGCCAAAAUUGAAGGGCAAACAAAAACCAGAGGAGGCCCAAAUAGACAGGUGGAUUUUCUGUGGGAAUGCACUGCAUGGAGCUCGGGGGGGGGGGGGGUAAAAGAAGCAUUGAGAGUGAAAUUUCUCCAGCAGAUUUCUCUCCCUACCCCCAUCACUCAUCUUGAUAACCUCACCUGAACAGCAACAAACACACCAGAAGCUUACCAGUGUGUGUGUGUCUAUCCAGAGAAGGGCAAAUAUUGUCCACAUUUAACAGCUUUCCCUUCUCUCUCUCUCUCUCUCUCUCUCUUCACAACCAGCUUCUAAAACAAGCUUAGAUAGUUGUGAGCUGAGAUAAACACAUCCCUUUAGCCAGCACUUGCCUCCAGCACUGUCCAAUGAGCCGUGCAAAAGCUGAUCUUCAGUGUGACGGGCCAAACAGCAAAGCUUUUCAUCUUCCCAAGGCUUGUGAGGUGGGAAUGCAUGUCACGGGGCUCUGCUUACUCAGAGAUGCUCCGAUGGGUCCUAAUGGUAUUGGGUGUCUCCACAUGUGUCAGUAUUUUGUGGGAGGGAUUCAAGUUUAUACUAGGCAAUUUAGAUUUGUACAGUUAAGGUGGAUCAAAGUGCUUCUUUUUUUUUUUUUAAGUCCACUUUAAAAGCAGACAGACUUUCUGCAGUUAGGAAAGUGACAGGGAAAUGCUUUGAAACAGGUGGGAUAACUAAUGGGAAAAUGAAUAAACCCCCUGCAGGCAAAUAAGAAUGAACGCUCUUUGUUGUACAACCUCCCCGCUAACAAAUUAGAACAAAUGCUCACUAAAGAACGCCAGUAGCUCUGUGGCAAAGCAUCUACUUUGCGUGCUGAAGGUCCCAAGUUCAAUCCCAGGCAUCUCCAGGUGGGGCUGGGAGAGAAUAUUCUUUGAAAUCCUGUAGAGCCACUGCCAAUUGGUGUAGACCAUAAGUCUUCAGUCAGUUGGUUGGGACACAUAAGCGGGUAGCAAAGCUACAGCAGGUGGGUUGCAGUGCAGUUUUUGCUGCCAUCUUGGAUUCCAGCUAAAGCUGAUUAGACCAAAGGAGAAGAACUACACGUGAUGUCUGGGUUAUGACGUGUUCUGGUGAAACACUAAUUUUAUCGUUUUCCCUGAGUGCUGCAAUAUGGCAGGAGAAAGGCAUGGGCCUUUUAAAAAAUAAAAUGCUUAUUUCUGGCCAACCACAUGCCCCACAUUCCUGUGUCGAUGCCUCACUAAAGGCACAGCUCCAUAUGUAGCAAGGGCACUCUGUUCACUUUCUAGUCUAUUUCUAUGGCUUUAAAGACUUCUUCUAGAAGGCAAAACCACUGGUUUCCAGUAGCAUUUCACCCUGUCUGCUAAGUGUAAGACUGCUCCUUUUGGUUUAGUAGUAAUGCCUAAGGUACACUGCUCUGUGAAUUGCCGUUUUAGGAUUAACAGUGUGCCUUAUUAGCAUUAUUACCGUACUUUUCAGUGUAUAAGACGAGGCUUUUUUCUUUUAAAAUUAUGUUAAAAAUUGGGGGUCGUCUUACACAUGGAUAGUGCAUGGGGGGGUGUGGGAUUGGUUGCUGUCACGAGCUGGAGAUUGUCAGUGGCUAUUGGGCAUGUUAUUGGGGCUGAUGUUGAUUGGCUGUCACUGCGGCAAUUGGGUGGGCGAUUGGUGUCUUCUGUCGGCGAGGGGACAUAUGAUACGAUCUGCCCUUAAAAAAGCUGAACAGCUCUGUGUCCCACCCACCCCCCAAAGCUCAACAACUCUGGGCAAUCUCCCGCCAUUUUCUAAAUUUGGAGUCCCCCAAAAUGGGGGGAUGUUAUACACAGAAAAAUACGGUAAGUAUAAACUGAAAUGAAAAAUGUGAAAAGGGAGUCCCACUUUGUAGAUUGUGAGUCAGAGGUGCAUCUUGAGAAUGGACCAGUUGGAGACGACUGGCAUAGACAAGAGUAAGCUGCAUGCACAAAUGGUCUGACUCAAUGCCAAGCAUCAAUGCCAGGACAGAUAUGGGCAGACCUCACUAAAGUUUUGUGGAAGAAAAGCAGGCUGAACACACACACACACACACACACACACACACACCCCUUACUUCAGAGGGAAGGAGGGAGGGCUGGAUCAGUAAGAAUCUCCCUGUGCAAAUACAAACCGAAUAUCUUUCUGCAGGCUGCCGCAGCUAAUUAUAUUUAAUUCAAAGAGGCGAACAAAAGGCAACAGAGAGGGCACGGAUCCUCAGCAGACACGGCUGGGGCAGGGGGAGCCGGGAGCCCUUUGAUCAUUAUACUUGGAGUGUGUAGGCUGCAGCCCACUUCUUCGAGUACACAAAGGGCUUUUGUCUGCACGUCGAUGUCAAGUGCGUGUGUGUGUACACAUGCUUGCUGGUACCACGGGUCACUAUCGUCAGGCGCAGUGAAGGGGUGGUGACAGUGGACAACUUCCAAAGCAGGAAUUCCCUCCCACCCCCACCCCCCAGGGCUUUAUUUUUUCCACAGAAUGUGCCCCCCACCAAUACACACACAUUUCAUUUAUUUCCACAACAGUUAAUUGAUGUUUUCCAAAAAAAACCCCACCUUGUUUAAUGGUUUUUAUUGUAUGGUUUUAUGUUCCUACUAGUGGGGGGGAAACCCUGCUCUGACAAAUCUUUUAUGACACAGUGGUAUACAAAUAUAUUUACAAAUAAAUCGAUAGGAACAAGGUGGGUAUAGGAUUGAGGCUUAUGACUGCAGUCACAGAAUUCAUUUAAAACACCUAAAGCACUACCGUACUUUUCCAUGUAUAAGAUGAGGUUUUCUUUAUUUAGAAAUAAGGUAAAAAAAUUGGGGUCAUCUUAUACACGGGAUAGUCCAUAGGGGACACGUGUGAUUGGCUGCUGCCACGAGCCGGAGAUUGUCAGUGGCUAUUGGGCGUGUUAUUGGUGGCUGCGUCAAGGGCUGGUGUUGAUUGGCUGUUGCUGCGGUAAUUUGGUGGGUGAUUGGCUGCUUCUGCCGACGAGUGGCCAGAUGAUAAGCGGCUAUUGCGAUGCGUGCUAGUGGCAGCGCAGGUCAAGUGGAUGAGCGAAUUUCUGCAUUCCCCCCUAAAAAAGCUCAACAACUCUGGGCAGUCUCCCCCCAUUUUCUUAAUCUGGAGUGCCCAAAAAUGGGGGGCAUCUUAUACAUGGGGGAGUGUUAUACAUGGAAAAAUAUGGUACUUUAAACAGUCAUGGCUUCCUCCAAAGAAUUCUGGGAACUGUAGUUAGUUACGGGUGCUGAGAGCUGUUAGGAGACCUCUAUUCCCCCCACACAACUACAGUUCCCAGAGUUCCCUGUGAAGAGGGAUUGAUUGCUAAUGCACUCUUGAGAGUUGUGGCGCUGUGAGGGGACAAGGGGUGUCCCAAUAACUCUCCUAAACUACAGCUCCCAGAAUUCUUUGGCAUAAAUCGUGAGUGUUUAAAGUGGUAUCAUAGUGCUUUAAAUAUAUAGUGUGGAGGUAGCCUUAGAAGAGGAACACAUUUUCUCUCACAGAGCAUAGAAUACCUCUUCUGAUGUGGUGCCUGUUACCAGUAGUAGUAGUAGUAGUUUUUAAAUAUAUGUUAUAGCUUGUGAAAUUUAAAGGAUGUGGUUAAAAAAAAAAUCCCCACCUCCACUGACAAGAUUAAUUAGAGCAUAAAUUGUAAUUACCUUAAUCAAGUAAUUGGUUUUAAACUUUGCCAUAGCCAACUGUUGUGGGAAGUGCUGUGGGAUUGCUGAGGCGAGAGUGGGAGGUUUGCCAGCCCAGCAUAGGCUGUGGCGCAGCACAAAAUGGCUGACGUGUGUAUGUGUGAGACGUACCACAAAAUGGCUACCACAUGGCAGAACCACAAAACGAUGUGGGCUUGCUUUAGGGGCACGUGUUCAAUGCGGGAGAGGCUGAACCAGUGCAGAUGGGAGCUAAGAAGAGCAUUCAGUCUCUUGUGCACCCUGGAUUUCUGAGGGGAUAUCGAAAGAGACUGUUUGCUUGCACCAUAGGAGGUGCUAGUAGACACACUGAUGCUAUGUUGGCAGCCCUUGCACAACUCCCAUUGGCCAUGCUGGCUGGGGCUGAUAGGAGUUGUAAUCCAACAUUGGAGAGCCACAGGUGCCCUGUCCCUGAGCAAAGGGUCACAGGUAGCAGGGCUCAGAAAGUCCUUGGAGAUCUACUUGCCUGUCAUGAAUAGAUAAAAAUGGACCUCAGUGUAUAACAUAGCUUCAUAUGUUCAACUUGAGGCCUCAAGGUGAAAGAGGGGAGCAUCCUUGCUGCUUGCUUGUCUAGGACCCGUUGCAUUAAUGCAUGAGCACAUUAGUAUUCAUGCAUGAAAAAACGUCACCUGCAAGUUAAGGGAAGCUUAAUUGUCAGCGGCUUAAGUGCAGUUACUAAAGAAAGCGAUAAUCAGGAAAUAUAGACACCUUAAUUUAAAUCAAAUUAAGCAGUCCGUUUGCAUCUUCCUGCUGGGAGGGUCUUUCCAGCAUAAGGCAAGGGUGACUUCCACUCAUGACCAUUUAGUACAAUAUUAUAAAUGCUGACUGGCAGCAAGCUCCAUACCCUCCCAACAUUUCUCCCACGAAAACAGUGAUCUCCUAUUCCAUAAUAACAAUAGUAAUUAAUUUAUUUAUAACCUGCCUAUCUGACUGGAUUGCCCCAGCCACUCUAGGUGGCUUCUGGCUCAGGAGUCACAGAAGCUCACCAGGGUUUUCCCAGUCUUACCUGGAGAUACCAGGCAUUGAACCAGGGACCUUCUGAAUGCAAAACAGGAGCUUCACCUCUCCUCUCUUGCAUGAAGCGGUCAAGAGCCAAGGGAGAAGCAGAGCGCUCGUGCUUGCUUAAAGCAUAGGUAAAGGUAAAGGUACCCCUGCCCGUACGGGCCAGUUGUGUCCGACUCUAGGGUUGUGCGCCCAUCUCACUUAAGAGGCCGGGGGCCAGCGCUGUCCGGAGACACUUCCGGGUCACGUGGCCAGCAUGACGAAGCUGCUCUGGCGAGCCAGCACCAGCGCAGCACACGGAAACACCGUUUACCUUCCCGCUAUAAAGCGGUACCUAUUUAUCUACUUGCACUUGGGGGUGCUUUCAAACUGCUAGGUGGGCAGGAGCUGGGACUGAAAGACGGGAGCUCACCCCGCCGCGGGGAUUCGAACCGCCGACCAUGCGAUCGGCAAGUCCUAGGCACUGAGGUUUUACCCACAGCGCCACCCGCGUCCCUGCUUAAAGCAUAGUUUAUAUUAAAAGAUCGUUUAACGCCAUGUACGAACCAGCUGUAUGACACCCCGUUGCAAAAAUGAUAGUGCAAAUAAAAACAAUUAACUGGUAAUCGCCCUGCGGAAACAGAGGGAUUAUUAUCAGUAGCCAGCAUAGAUUUAUUAAGAACAAAUCAUGCCAGACAAACCUAAUUUCCUGCUUUGAGAAAACUGGUUUGCAGCAUGUAUACAAGCGUGGACUCUCCGUUUGCUUGGGUGACAAUGAAGCCCCCAGCCUUUUAAUUGUGUCAUAAUAACAGCAAUAUCCAAAGUAUUUUUGCAUCAGCAUAAUAUAUUUAGCAGGGACGCGGGUGGCGCUGUGGGUAAACCAUUGAGCCUAGGACUUGCCGAUCAGAAGGUCAGCGGUUCGAAUCCCCACAACAGGGUGAGCUCCCGUUGCUUGGUCCCUGCUCCUGCCAACCUAGCAGUUCAAAAGCACAUCAAAGUGCAAGUAGAUAAAUAGGUACCGUUCCGGCGGGAAGGUGAACGGUGUUUCCGUGCGCUGCUCUGGUUCACCAGAAGCUGCUUAGUCAUGCUGGCCACAUGACCCGGAAACUGUACGCCGGCUCCCUCGGCCAAUAAAGCGAGAUGAGCGCCGCAACCCCAGAGUUGGUCACAACUGGACCUAAUGGUCAGGGGUCCCUUUACCUUUACCUUAAUAUAUUUAGCUGGGGCAUUGACUAACAGGGACUCAAAAGAGUGGUGAAGGGUGAGCAUGUUUUGCCUGAUCUCCUCCUAUUUUCUUCGGGGUGUCACAGAGAGGUUUGGCCAAAAGCAGAAUUCUGGUCAGUUUCACCCCGUCAAUUCUUGCUGGAGGUUCCUGAACAUCACCUCCUCUAUAAAGGCUGACAAAGGGAAGCAUAUAUCAGCCAGAUUAGAACAUCGAACUGUUACUCUUUGUUUAUUUCCAAGUGCUCAGUUAAACUAGUUCUCAGCGUGGGUCACAAUGUAUUAAAAAUAAGCUAAGGGGCAUCUGAAUAUUGUGAUGUACAUUCAGAGUUUCACAGAAUGCACAACAGAAUGCACAACAGUGGCAUCUAGUGUACUGAAUGAAGUGAUCAUAUGCAGAUGUAAUAAAUGCGUUUACAAAACAUUAGUGAAAAGUGGUAAAGCUGAGAGAGUUCACGUCAGUAUGAAAGUAGAAUUAUAAAACUGAUUUGCUCAUCCCUAGCAGCAAUCCCAGAUUGUGAAGUUGGAUAAACUCAAAGAAGCCAAACCAAGUCAAUUAAUGAAUAUCAGUCCCAGCCUCCUGUCAUAAGAACUGACGAUCUUUGUUUCAGCUUCAGCUUUCAUCAUCUUACCAACCUGCAGACCUCCAGAUGGCCUGGACCAGCCUUUCUCAACCUGUGGGUCCCCAGAUGUUGUUGAACUACAACUCCCAUCACCCCUAGCUAGCAAGGCUCAGGGAUGAUGGGUGUUGUAGUCCAACAACAUUUGGGGACCCACAGGUUGAGGUCCUGGACUGUGAUUCCAAUCAGCCCCCACUAGCACGUCCAAUGGUCAGGGGUGAUAGCAGUUGUAGUCCAAAACAUCUGGAGGACACUAGGUUGGGGAAGGCUGCUUUAGAACUGGAACCAAGACUGUGACACUGAUGUUUCAGGAGGAAAGCAAUGUAUCAGCACAGGAAUGGUAACUCAUUUCAAAUCAUAUCAUUUUGCUCAACAGCCUCAUGUAUACAUUGAACAGGACUGGGUAAGGGCUGGGCUUGCAUAUCAUCAUGUUCUAUCUCUUCUUAGUGAACUUCCUUCCUGUUAGAUUGCUGGGCUCCGGUGAGGCAGCUUGAGGGUUAAUGCCACCCCUGUUGAGCAGAGUUUUUGGAGGCUGAGACUGCACAUGGCAUCUCUUUGGUGGCUCCAGAAGGUUUGUUGCUUUGGAAAUGUCAGUUCCAGUGCAGUUUAAUUAAAUGAAAUCCCCCACCGAGCCCAAGGCAUAUGGCAAAUGAAAUAGCACAGCUCAAGGAUAAUAGUCCAUUGGGGUGCAAUUAAUCUCAAGGUUGCUCUGGUGCUGAGCAGUAGCGAUAGCAUGGACAUGGAAUAACAAAUGGACUUGGAGUUUUAGACAAAGUGGCUGGUUGACUGUAUUGCAGCAUCAAGGGCUUUGACUGGCAGAAGCUUGGGGUUUCAGACAGGCGUCUUUUUCGGCUAUCCCUGGGCAUGCCAGGAACUGGGCCUUGUACAGUUUAGCAUGCAAAACAUGAGCUGCUGCUCUUCCAUCAAAGGCCUAUGUAUGCCUGUUAUGCAAAGGCAGGCUUAUGACUUGAGAAUCACACAGGUUAGGUAAACUGUAGAGCAGUACCAGGGAGUCAACAUGCUGUUGGGCUGCAACUCCCAUAAUUCCUAAUCAUUGGCCAUGCUGGCUGGGCUGCUGGGAGUUGAAGUCCAGCAACAUCUGGAGGGCAAACACUAGGUUCCUUAACCCUAUAGUAGAGAUGUCCGCAUCUUCUUUCUCUGCUGCUCAUCUGUAGUAGCAUUGUUCUUGGAGUACUCUCAUAUAUACGAGAACAGAGUCCUGCAAUUUGAGGGUUUCCUUUAUCUGACAGGAGGCCUUUUUCAAUUAGGAGAAGGGAAUCUUUGUGUCCAACCCAUAAUGUAGAAAGUCCAUAUGCCAUGGAUCUAGCAUUUCCUCUAACAUCCCCCCCCCCAUAGGCUCCAUUCAUGUAGGUUGCUUCCAGUCUUCAAACAUUGAGAACUGGUGUGAUGGGAAAUCAAAUUAUGGAAAUGCAUUGGCAAAGCAUCCCAGCAGUGAACAACUGUUUUAAAAGUCCCUUGGUUUCUGUUUCUGUAGUUUACAACUCUCCCCUGUUCCCACUGCCAAUACUAUGUUAUCUCAGGACUCUGCUAAUUAUUGUUUAUAUGGCCAUUUUGUACUGUCGUAAGCAGAAACUGAAGCUGUUUGGUUGCAGUAAUGGCUUUGAUCUAGCAGAACACUUAUGUACACACACACACACACACACACACACACACACCUCUUAACUUCAGAGCUUUUUGCAUUCUUUCAAUCUGUGGUUUGAGCUGAGCUUCUGCCUGCCUGGGCAACUCAUUAGACAGGUGUAGAAGCCACUGUAUCGCACACUCACUCACAUCUGUCUUGACCUUCCGUCUUCAUACUGGUACCAAUGAUUUACACCAAGCAGAACUGCUAAGCUUCUCCUCUCUGGAGCAUUUAGCAAUCAGCUGUCAACUUGCAGGGACCUGAAAUGCCUUCAAAGCACAGAAACUAGCUAACUGCUAGUUUAUGAAAUUGUGAAUUACGAAGUUGUAAGCUCCGGGUUUAUUUCAACAUCCUUAAACAAUGAGAGGCAGACUUCAGGCCUUGCAGGUUUUGCUCCCCCCACCCUAGAAUUUCAAGUUCUAUCAAUCAAAGCCAGCUGCACAAUAGUUGCUUGAGGGAUGAGAGAGAAAGAAAGAAGGAUGAGAGAAUUACAGAAUGGUGUCUAUGAGAACUCAUGUUCAACACAGGAGUUAGUUUUCAGUCCCAUAACCAAGCUUAUAGUUCUCUUUUACAGAAAUCCACUCCUGUUUUUCCCCUCCAUGUUUUUUUCCAGCAGGCUAAUUUAGGAAAGAGGGUGGAAGCUUUUUAUCAUUGCUGCUGUUAAACAACUGAGGGUCAGAAGCUCUUGACUAUGUACUGCAAACUACACAGAGCUGUACCAGGAGAUUCUGAUCCACUUUCUACUCUCUCCUGUCCUAAAGGCUGUAUUAAGCUUGUCCCAGUGUGUGGUCUAAAGGACAAUGACACAGCCGUCUUGCUGAAGCUAAGCAGGUCUGAUCAACACCUCAGUGGGAACCCCACAGACAUCCACUAUGGGAAAAAGGCAAGAUAUAAAUGUAAACAUUGAUAGACUAAGGCCACAGUCACAUCAUACAUUUAAAGCACUAUGAUGCCACUUUUAAAAAAUCAUGACUUCCCCUAAAGAAUUCUGGAAGCUGCAGUUUGUUCAGAGUGCUGAGAGUUGGGAGGCCCCUAUUCGCUUCUCAGAGUUACAGUUCCCAGGGUAGUUUAGCAAUCAAUCCCUGUUCCCAGGGAACUCUGGGAAUUGUAGCUGUGAAGGGAAUAUGGGUCUCCUAACAGUUUUUAGCACCCUUAACAACUACAGUUCCCAGGAUUCUUUGGGGGAAGCUGCAACUGCUCAAAGUGGUAUCAGAGUGCUUUAAAAUGCAUGGUGUGAUUGUGGCUCAACUGAGCAAUGAUUCUUCCAAAGACAAACAAUGUAACCAAGUAGAUCAGAUUCGUUUAUUUGUAUCUAGCUAUCAGACCAUCGGUAAACAAAAGUUUGUAACAGGAUGGUGGUGAUACAAGGUGACAUCUGUGGAUCAUCAACAGUGAGUCCUAAUACAAGCCCACCAGUAGAAAGCUGUGUAUCAAAGGAAGUCUGCAGUCAGGAGCUGCUAGAAUCUGUGGAGUUGAACUGUUUGACGAACCUUUGAACUGCAGGAAACAGCUUCUCAGUGAAGUGUUGUCAGGUCAUGGACCUACCAGACCUCCUGGGUCCUUCUGGACAGGAAGGAGCAUUAAGAGGGCUUCCUGUUUUAAUUUAGCCUCACCUGAGCAACAAGGCCUUCCUGAUUUCUGGUGUGUGGCGGUGUCCUUGAUUCUGACUUAAUGGCUCCACACCAAUGGUUUGGGUAGUUGACAGGCCCAAUCUACUGUGCUCUAGGUCAGGGUCAUGGAUGCUUUUCAGCAAUGGGCAACAGUGCCAUUUUUUAAGGGGAGCCAAGUUCAGCUCCCAUCCUUGGUGACUGUCCGCCAUCUUAAGUUACUCAACGUGUAAUGCCCCGGCCCACAGAACUUUGAAAUGUAUUGAUUUUAUAGUUCCAUUGUCCAGGUAGGACUAUACCUGACCUGGUUGGGAAGCGGGCAGAACAAACACCAUGGCGAGGGCCUCCUGAAGCUUAGUGCUGGCCUUGUCUGGCAUGCACCUUGACCUUACCUUGCUGUUUUCCCCUUUGGUGCUGACUUAGCUCUUCAUUCCUGACUCUGGGCUCAGCCCUGACACAGGCAGUCGAUGUGAAAUCUGGAAGGCAGAUAGCAGAUACAUUGCUCUCUAGUGGCAGCCUAGACUUUAGAAAGGAUAAGUGACCUGGAUGCUGUUAUCAGACAAACAUAGCGCUUGGCCAUAUCCAGCAAUGGUGCAAAGGACUUCUGUGGGCUCCUAUCCUAUCUACUCCAGGAUGCCCCCCAUUACACCAUCAAAAUCAUGUCUGGAGGGUUUGGGGACCCUCUGCAGCAGUUUUGGGGGUUGCACAGGGAGGUGAGGAAACGGAAGUCUCAUUGUGCCAGCAGAACCCAGUUGGCACUGCAGUGGAUGCAAUCCUUAAUUUUCUGUAUAUUACUAGUUCUUCUGAUACUUCUUAAAAUUAUUGCCCAUAAACAGAAAGGGGAUCCUUGGGUCCCUGUCAUCGGUUCAUCACAGCCCACUGCAUUAAGCCACUUUGACAACCAGAAUCUUCCAUGUACCCUCCCUCCCUCCCCUCUAACCCAACCAUCCUCUGGAGAGCAGCUUGACAAGUGGCCAUAAAUCACUGGUGCAGGCGGCUUCACCUUCCAGAUUAGGCUAAUUAGGUUCCUAAUGGCCCUAUUGAACACAGACCUCCAUGCCAGAUGCCCCCACCCUCUCCACAGCCAUUCAGAGCUUUGGAAUAAAACUCUUUAAUGUAAUUUUCAACUUGCUUUUCCUUGUAUGAUGGGAGCAGAUACAACCCACAGACCUGCAAUGGUACCCAGCUUAGGAAAUAGACAGUUUUGUCUCUGCCAUCAUAAAAUAGUAUAGAGUUGGUGCAUUGACUAGAUCCCAGGUUUUUUUUAUUAUUAUUAAAAUAUAUUAUUGUACCUAGGGUUGCCUGGUCAGGAGCACCUGAGACCUUGAGAUUUCAGGACCCAAACCUGAGACCUGGGGUGGCCUCUGGUGACUUGUUUUGCCUGAAGCAUCUCUUCCCUGGUGGACCUCAAAAACAUCUUGCUUGUGUUGGAGGCCUUGCUUGUCGUUGCCCCACCUUCUCAAGUGAAGCAGGUGGCAACCUUUCAGUCCUGGCACCUUGUCUUUGAAAAUCCUCCCUUCUGUCCAUCUGUCAGGCUUCUUUUCUGUUGCUUUUCUUUUCUUUUCCUUGUAGCUCAAGGUGGCCUUGCAUAUUUCUCCCCCUCCACCUUUUAUCCUCACAACAAUCCUGUGAGGUGGGUUAGGCUGAGAGACGUUGACUGGUCCCAGGCCAUCCAGUGAGCUACCAGGCUGAAUUAGGGAGUCUGGGGUUUGGUGUGUGAUACUGAACUAGAAUUGAGUUUUUGUUCUUGAUUUGCUUGCUCGUUUUAUAUUGAUGGUUUUAUCAUAUUGUUAGCUGGCUUGGAAAUCCAUUCAAUUAAGAAGCAGGGUAGGUUGUAGAGGCAAUGCAAUGUGAGUUAAACCACAGAGCCUAGGACUUGCCAAUCAGAAGGUCGGCGGUUCGAAUCCCCGCAACGGGGUGAGCUCCCAUUGCUCGGACCCUGCUCCUGCCAACCUAGCAGUUCGAAAGCACGUCAAAGUGCUAGUAGAUAAAUAGGUACUGUUCCGGCGGGAAGGUAGACAGCAUUUCCGUGCGCUGCUCUGGUUCACCAGAAGCAGCUUAGUCAUGCUGGCCACAUGACCCAGAAGCUGUAUGCCGGCUCCCUCAGCCAAUAAAGCGAGAUGAGCGCCACAACCCCAGAGUCAGCCAUGACUGAACCUAAUGGUCAGGGGUCCCUUUACCUUUACCUUAGCUGGCUUGGAAAUCCAUUCAAUUAAGAAGCAGGGUAGGUUGUAGAGGCAAUGGAAUGUGAUAAAUUUUGGGUUUUGACGUAUUCAUCUUUUAUGGAUAAUAAAGGUCAGCCCUCUAGUUCUUCCUUUGUAAUGUUCUUCCUCUGUAAUGAAGGACUAGAGAAUUGGACUUCAGUUAUUUAUUUAAUUACAUUUGUGAGUACAGUGGUACCUCGGGUUAAGAACUUAAUUCGUUCUGGAGGUCCGUUCUUAAUCUGAAACUGUUCUUAACCUGAAGCACCACUUUAGCUAAUGGAGCCUCCCACUGCCACCGCAUCGCCACCGUGCGAUUUCUGUUCUCAUCCUGAAGCAAAGUUCUUAACCCAAGGUACUGUUUCUGGGUUAGUGGAAUCUGUAACCUGAAGUGUCUGUAACCCAAGGUACCACUGUAUUAUGUUGUGUGACAUUUGGUCCUGACCACACCCCUUCAGUACACAUCAUUGCUGCAUCACACUGUUGACUCACGUUAAGCCUGUGGUCUACUAAGACUCCGAGAUUCUUUUCACGUGUACUACCGGCAAGACAGGUGUCCCUCAUCUUAUAUUUUUGCAGCUGCUUCUUCCUGCCUAAGUGCAGAACCUUACAUUUGUCAUGACUGAAAUUCAUUUGGCCAUAUCCCCUGUUGCUUUCUGAAGCCGUUUGCUAAGGGGGGGGCGGGGUUUCCACAAGAGAUACAAAGUAUUAGCUCCCUAUUUCCUUCCCUUCCUCCCCAUGUAAUUGGAGUGCUUCCCUCAUCUUUUGAUCUUGCUUACCCUUUUAUAUCUUUCCUGUGCUCACACCUCCUUUCAGACCGUGAUUAUUCCUAAUGAAUCCUCUUGCGCUGUGAUGUAUUUGCUCGACACUGGCCAAUGAAUCACUCCAACAUCUCUGUCUGUAACUAAUAGUCUGUGGGAUUUCUCAUUAAUUAUGUGCCUGUAACUUUGCUACUUUUUUUGGUGUGUGUAUGUGGUAGGGGCAUGUUCUGAGAAAUGCCGCAGAAUGAGUAAGUCUCUGCUCUGUCCUCACCCUUCCCCUCUCACUCUCUUACAGAUCGCAGCCCUGGAGAGGCAAAUAUUCGACUUUCUGGGUUACCAGUGGGUGCCCAUCCUGGCUAAUUUUUUACACAUCAUGGCUGUCAUCCUGGGCGUCUUUGGCACCAUUCAGUACAGAUCCAAAUACCUCAUACUGGUAAGUACAAUGGAUAGCCAGGAAUAGCCAUUUUGGAACCCACUCCCACUGAUGUUGUUUGGACUUCCAACAGCCCCAGCAACAAGGAUGGGGAAUAUGUGGCGCUACAGGUGUUACAUACGUUUUAUGAAAUAAAUAUAUAAUCUCCUGACUGUAAAAAAAAAGAAAGCAACAACCUCAGAGUGGUUUGGACUCCAGUUCCCAGAAAGUUGAGGAAUCAAAAGUUGGGAUUGCAGUUUUCACUAUUCAAGUGGAAGUACUGUAUUUUUCGCUCUAUAAAAUGCACCGGACCAUAAGAUGCACCUAUUUUUUGGAGGAGGAAAACAAGAAAAAAAAUAUUCUGAAUCCCAGAAGCCAGAACAGCAAGAGGGAUCGCUGUGCAGCGAAAGCAAUGAUCCUUCUUGCUGUUCUGGCUUCUGGGAUAGCUGUGCAGCCUGCAUUCACUCCAUAAGACGCACACACAUUUCCUCUUACUUUUUAGGAGGGGAAAAGUGUGCCUUAUAGAGUGAAAAAUACGGUAAAUCCUUGCAGAUUUGUCCUUAGGGGGUGCUGUCGCCCCAUGAUCUGUGCUGAGGACAGCCACACAAAUGUGUUUCUCCUCUCCAGAGAAAGUAUCACUGAGUUCUGGUUCCAAGUACCAAUGGAUCCUGAGGGAAGGAAUAGGAUAAAUAUUUAAACUUGCCAAUAGCCGCUUCGUGAGAAACAUAAUCUGUCUUGGGAUUUGAAGCGGGGAAAGGUCAUUGGAUCUUACAACACAAGGCUGGGGCAGAUGUUCAUUAAUGGAUGAAGUCUGGCUUGCUUGAGCUUAUCCAAGUUCACAAUCUUCGGUUGCUACAAACCUGUGAGGUAGGCUAGGGUGAGAGGCAGUGAAUGCCUGAGGAUCACCCACUGAGCUUUGUAGCUGAGUGGGGAUUAGAACCCCAGUCUCCCAGGACUCAGUUCAACACUCUAACCCAUGGGUAGGCAACCUAAGGCCCGGGGGCCAGAUCCGGCCCAAUCGCCUUCUAAAUCCAGCCUGCAGAUGGUUUAGGAAUCAGCGUGUUUUUACAUGAGUAGAAUGUGUCCUUUUAUUUAAAAUGCAUCUCUGGGUUAUUUGUGGGGCAUGGGAAUUCGUUCUCCCCCCCCCAAAAAAAAAACAGUCCUGCCCCCCACAAGGUCUGAGGGACAGUGGACCGGCCCCCUGCUGAAGUUUGCUGACCCCUGCUCUAACCACUACACCAUGGUGGCUCCCCCUGAAAAAAACACACACGAAAAACCAGACUGAUGGAGAGCCAGAACAUGUCUUUAGAGCAGCUCACCCCACAGUAUAUUGUUAACUGUCACUCUGCCCCUUUCUCUCCUUCUCUCCAGUAUGCAGUGUGGCUCGUGCUUUGGGUUGGAUGGAAUGCAUUCAUCAUCUGCUUUUACCUGGAAGUCGGACACCUUUCACAGGUAAUUACCUCUGUAAUCAUACCGAGUGCACGCCCUUCUCGAACCACUGAUCCGCCUGACAACCCAAGGCUUUUCCAUCCAUCAUUUUUGCGCUGCGAUUGCUCAGUCAAAUAGAGAUGGAAGUUCAGAGGUGGCUUGCGUGUCAGGAAAGUGCCACGGCCAUUUGGGGGAAAUUCAUUCCUCCUCUCACUGGUGCUGAUGUUGCUGAGCAGAAUCGACUUGUCAGGCUGACGGAGAAAUCCGAAAUGUUGCCAUGCAGUAAAAAUUGAGGGGUUUGGCAGUUUCUUUCUUAUAUUUUCGCAACGUGUGCACCUUCCUUCCCAAGGAGCAAGACUUUCUUUUAGUGGGAUGCGAACAUGCUGCAAGGAAUGAAUGGUUAAAUCCCCAGUCUAAAAUACUCAUGCUGUUCUUUUUUAAAAAAAAACAAUUUUUAUUGGUUUUUACAUUUUUAUCACAAUCAUAUCAUAACAAAUAAUAACAAAUUAAUUUCCCCACUCCCCCCCCCCAUGACUUCCCUCAACUUCCCCUUCUGGUUUUUUCUCCCCCAUAUAAACUUGUCCUGCUUGCAAUACAGUGCUUCAAUAUUAUAGUCUUUAAAUUAAAUAUUGUUAUAUUCUUCUCAUUUUAAACUCACCUUUAUAGUUUCUAUAUUUACUGUGUUAGUUAUAAGUGUUUAGUCAAAACCUACUAGUGAGUCCAUUUCUUUACAUUCGUUCCAUAAAUACAACAUAAAUGGUUCCCAGUCUUUUUAAAAAUCUCUAUUGUCCUUGUCUACUCAUGCUGUUCUACUAGGAAGACAGAAAGGGGCUGAACGGCUGACUUUCCACUUUUAUUUAGCAAAUUGCUCUGUGUUUAGGGGAAAGCUGAGAAGGUUUGCAAGGGAAUGAGAAUGCUAGUGGGUCGAAGGGAGGAAAAAUCUUGCUGGACCUUAGUGCUGGAUCAAUACCUGUUUAUUGGGUGGUAAUUCAACUAAGUUUUCUUCAGAGUAGACACAAGUAAAUUAUGAAAUUAAUGGACCUAACAUAGUCAUGCUUAUUCAUUUCAAUGGGUCUACUCUGAGUAAAACUUAGUUUAAUACCAUGCAUUAAUUUUAGGGCCCAGUCCAAACCCCCAGUGUGUCACACUGGAAGUUGGGUAUGGAUGGGACAGAGAUAUUUUCUGUAUUAUUACAUUUGCAUCCCACCUUUCCUCCCAGGAGCUCAAGAUGGGAUACACCAGGCACAGGCAAACUCGGCCCGCCAGAUGUUUUGGGACUACAACUCCCAUCAUCCCUAGCUAUCAGGAUCAGUGGUCAGGGAUGAUGGGAGUUGUAGUCCCAAAAACAUCUGGAGGGCCGAGUUUGCCUAUGCCUGGUGUACAUAGUCCUCCUCAUUGUAUCCUCACAACAGCCCUCAAGGUAGUUUAGGCUGAGAGUGAGUAACUGGCCCAAGGUUACCCUAUGAGCUUCUUGACUGAGUGGGGAUUUGAACUACACCACACUGUUCCACGUAAGACAUACUGUCCAUGUAGCCACUCCAGAGUCACAUAAUAAGAGGAUGUAAGAUGGUUUCCUGAUCAAUCUUUAGAAGCCCUUCUGAGUAUCUUCCUUGAGGGGAUCAAUGCAUUUGUUACUGAGCAGAUGGCAAAAUAUCUAAAUGUUGUUGUGCGUUUUAAUUCUUUAGCAGAAUCACACAGUCAGUUGCAUCUGCCCUACUUAAUGCUGGCAAAAGGAAGUCAUUUUCAACAGGGUUGAUGUUUUGUGGAGUGGCAGACAUCAGUCCUCAGUGCUUGUAAACAGGUUAAAGUGCUACACAGAAAGGCAUUUGGCCAGAAUGGCAACUUAAACUGUUGGAAUAUGCGCAGCUUGCAGAUCUAACCUAUAGAAUAAGAGAACAAGAAGAACAUUCAUUUAAAGAAGAUUGGAAAAUGUUUAUUGAAUAUAUGGGGGGAAAUUGUGUACACUUGAAAAUGUUGGCAGCAUUAAGAUAAAUUCAACAGUGUAAAUAAGUUUUGAUGGAAGUAACAAUGGAAUACUGAAUGGUUUAGUUUAUAUAAAAUAUGCAGGGAUCUAUGAUAUGCAAAAUGAACCAUGGAAAGAGAAGAAGGGAAGUCAUUGAUAUAUUAAGGUUGUCUAAAUAAAUAUUCUAAAUUGUAAAACAGAAAAUUUGAUAAAAAUUAUAUAUAAAAGAGGGGGGGAGACAAUUGGCCCCCAGUCAACAAAAGAGCAUAAGAAUCUACCUUAAACCAAGUGAGUACAUUGGUCAAUCUAGCUCAGAAUUGCCUGCACCGACCAACAGAUAAUAUCCAGGAUUUUGGACUGGCUACAUUUCCAAUCCCACCUGGAGAUGCUGGGGACUGAACCUGAUGCUGAACCCAGAAGCAGUUCUCUUUGUAGUGGGGGACAGAAACACUAUACUAUCUUCUCAGAAGGUGGGCAGCUGUUGCUUACAAGGAGGAAGAGGUGGCAGAGAGGCUGUGCGGUGCAAAAGCGCUAGCAGGAUUGGAGUGGCGGCUGGUUGCAGCUGAUGGGAGUUGUCAUUCCAAACUUCUGGAAGGCACAAAGUUGGGGAAGGCAGACUUAAGGUCUUAAAAAUGUGGAUCUGUGUAUAGUUCUGGUUGCCUCGCCUUAAAAGGACGUUGUAGAGUUGGAAAAGGUUCGGGAAAGGGGAACCAAAAUCAUUAAGAGGAGGGAGAGACUCCCCUAUGAAGAAAGGCUGCAAUGUUGGGGAUUUUUUAGUUUAGACUUGCAGGGAUGCCCAAUCUUUUUUCAAAAAGGGCCAGAUUUGAUGAAGUGAACAUGCAUGAGGGCCGACCAAGGUUGUUGAGCUUUUUUUACAAUUUUAUCCCAGGACAUAUACUGCCAUGGGGGCCGGAUUAAAUCGACUAGGCCCCGAAAUGGACUUUGGACAUGCCUGGUUUAGAGAAAAGGUGACACAAUAGAAGCUAAUAAAAUUUGGCAUGGCACAGGGAGAGAAAAUUCCUCCCUCUUUCAGAAGACCAGAACUUGUGGACACCCAUUGAAGCUGAAUGUCAGAAGUUUCAGGACAGAUAAAAGAAAAUACUUCUUCAUGCAAUGCAUAGUUAAACUAUGGAACUCCUUGCCACAGGAGGCAGGGAUGGCCACCAACUUGAAUGGCUUUAAAAGAAGAUAGGACAAAUUCAUGGAGGAGAGGGCUAUUAGUCAUGAUGGCUGAGCUCUGCCUCAAGAGCUGGAGGCAGCAGUGACUUGGGAGGCUACACUGGAACACUUUUGAUUAUCAUGUGCCCAGGAACAUCUUACUUCUGAGAGUCCCUGGACCCCUCCAGACCAGUGUAUUCUGCACCACGCCACUGACGUAAUAAUAGUGCAUUAGCGAUGGACCAUCAAGACAUUCAUUAGUUGUGCUGUGGUGCUUCCCCAGCGUUACUGCACUGCUGCCAUCUGCAGGGGGCACUUUUUGCGCUAGAGUGCAAGAAAAGUGGGGCAACUCACCACUGCCACUGAAACAAAUGUUGCAGGGCUUCAAUAGGAAGCUACAUGCACUGAUUUCAAUUCAAGCAGGGUGUCUGCCCCCCCAAACCUUUGCAGGCACCAACAGUUUGGAAAGCAGGACCGCGUAGAACUAGCCUGGUGCUAUCAUGAGCACAAAUAAUCAUGAACGCACCUCUGGAUUGUGGGGGGGCGGUGGCUUGUGUCAUAUGCUCUUUAGAAGGACUGUAGCUUUUAGGACAAUCACCUUUGUGAAGAGAUUUCAAACAUGGAGCUUAUCCUGGAGCUGUAUCUGUGAUGAAAGCAGCUCUUGAAAGUGAAACGAAAGCCCUUUGUCGAAUCGUCUUCUUUUUUCUAUUCUAGUUUGCCAAACAGGCCAGACAUAUUGAUUAGAGCCAGCCGUUCCUGGAAGGAAGCCCAAAACUGGCACUACUGUCUCUAUCAUAUUUCAGAACGAGCCUUUCCCACAUUCUCUCUCUCUCUCUGUGUGUGUGUAAUAUUCCAUCCAGGGAGCCACAGUUGCCCCAGGCCUUGCUGGAGGCAAGAAAGAGGGUUUUUUGUGUGUCUUUGCUUAUCCAAUCUGUGGCCCAUUUACCUUCCUGCCACAGCAGUACCUAUUUAUCUACUUGCACGGGUGUGCUUUCGAACUGCUGGGUUGGCAGGAGCUGGGACAGAGCAACGGGAGCUCAUCCCAUUGAACGGAUUCAAACCCCUGACCUUCCAGUUGGCAAGCCCAAGAGGCUCAGUGGUUUAGACCACAGUGCCACUCACGUCCAAUAGUAAUAGUAAUUGGUAAUAGUAAUACUACUAGUAGUAAUAAUAGAAUAUACCCAAGGAGAAUAAUAGUCUCUUCAUUCAUAGUCUCUUGCACAUUCAUUCAUGCAUCUAGAAUUUUGAUGCAACAUUCAGCUUUUGCUCUUUUUUUGGCAGGCUCAAAGCAUCCAUAGAAAAUAACACUGCUGAAUGCAGUGAUGCAUUGGGUGUUGUAAGUGGGGACUUGGAAACUGUUCCAUAUGUGCUCCAUGACUUCCGCCACCAGCUACUUUUCCUUGUGGCUCCAGAGAGUCAGAACGACCUCAGCCAUGCCAAUUUGAUCUGAGUUUCUGGAGUCUGUAGUUAGGAAUCACAGCUUGUCAUGAGAACCUCUGUUGCCUUUGUUAAAUGCUCCGGGACAAUCGUGGCAGAUGGAUGGAAUGCAUCUCGUCCUGAAAGCUCCCUCUGAAAGGCCAGUGCCAGGAGGCAGCCAUACAGGGACAGCUGUCUCGUAAUAUGUUCUGCUGGCUGGUUGUGAAGCUGGGCUGACUUGGUUAUUGAAGGUCCUGGCAGGUAAACAAAGCAAGGCAGAAAUCCCUUCUGCCACUAGAGCCCUGCAGUCAAUAUUGUGUUCUGCUAGGGAUGGAGGGACAGAAGCUCUGACAAGGGUUUUUAUUAUUAUUAUUAUUAUUACUACUACUACUAGUAGUAUUUAUUUAUAUUGUCGAAUGAGCCUCGCCAACUCGGAAGAACAUUUCCUACACAUGCAUAGAAUUUCAGGUUUCUAGGUGGCAGUGGCAUAGAUCCUUGUUUUGAAGACUGUGUACUGAGAAGUACUAUUUUGGGAGGACAGAGAGCUGGUGGGUAUGGAGGCCUCCCUGGUCCUGAAUGGGGCAACUGCGCAGCCUGGAAGUCAUUUUGGACUCUCAGCUGUCCAUGGAGGAGCAGGUCCAUUCUGUGUCCAGGGCAGCUGUCUACCAGCUCCAUCUGGUACACAGGCAGAGACCCUACCUGCCCGCAGACUGUGUCACCAGAGUGGUGCAUGCUCUAGUUAUCUCCCGCUUGGACUACUGCAAUGCGCUCUAUGUGGGGCUACCUUUGAAGGUGACUCGGAAACCGCAACUAAUCCAGAAUGCGGCAGCUAGACUGGUGACUGGGAGUGGCCACCAAGACCAUAUAACACCGGUCUUAGUACGUUUCCAAGCACAAUUCAAAGUGUUGGUGCUGACCUUUAAAGCCUUAAACGGCCUCGGCCCAGUAUACCUGAAGGAGAGUCUUCACCUGCAUCGUUCAGCCCGGACACUGAGGUCCAGCUCCGAGGGCCUUCUGGCAGUUCCCUCACUGCGAGAAAUGAGGUUACAGAGAACCAGGUAGAGGGCCUUCUCAGUAGUGGCACCCUCCCAUCAAAUCUCAAGGAAAUAAACAGCUUUCUGACUUUUAGAAGGCCUCUGAAGGCAGCCUUGUUUAGGGAAGUUUUUAAUGUUUGAUCUACUUUUAUUAUGAUUAUGAUUAUUAUUAUUAUUAUUAUUAUUAUAUUGGGAGCCACCCAGAGUGGCUGGGGAAACCCAGCCAGAUGGGUGGAGUAGAAAUAAAUUAUUAUUAUUAUUAUUAUUAUUAGCUUGCUUUCCUGUGUCCUGCUUCCUUAGGACCGAGACUUCAUCAUGACCUUUAACACAUCGCUGCAUCGCUCAUGGUGGAUGGAGAACGGGCCUGGUUGCCUGGUGACCCCAGUGAUGAACUCCAAUCUGGCCCUCGAAGACCAUCACGUCAUCACAGUCACUGGGUGCUUGCUUGAUUAUCAGUAUAUUGAGGUGGUGAGCAGUGCAAUGCAGAUAUUCCUUGCGGUAGGUGGUACCAGCAUCCGUCUCCAGCUGACUCUUCCACCACACUGAUCCCUAAAAAACAACUGAGACACUGAAGGUGAUUCUGCCCACUCGUGUGUAACAAAUUUCACACCCAUAAACACUAGAUUUAUAGAACGGGUUUGCUUCUGAUUCCUUUUUUUUUUUUUUGUCCGGGGAGCUAGAGAGGUCUUCUGGCUAGGAAGAGCAUAUUAAAAUGUCUGUAUUUAUUUGUUUACUUUCGACUUUAAAAAAAAAAUCUGCCAAGAAGCCAAGCAUUCCAUUUCAGUUCCCUGGCACUUUGUGUUACUAGCAUACUCCAAUUUGCUCCCUGCAAGUUUGUAUGAAAUGAAAAAGCAACAACAACCUGUCUCUGGGAAGGUGAGUCUGGAGGUGUAGAUAAAUUUGAGGGGCUUCAAGCCCUAUCCACCCAUUCCCCAGUUGAAAAAAAAAGUCAUCAAAAUAAAAUUAAUUUCUUCACCAGACACUUGACAGUGCAUUUCUAGACCAAUUAGUCAUGUUGAGUUCAGUUCCUAAACUCCUCGCAUGAGAAAAAAAAAGGAAACAGUGAUCCUGUCUAGAAUGAAAGAUGCAGAAGGUUGAGAAAUGGACUGCGGGAUAAACAAUUGGGUUGCAGUCCUCUCUGCACACUUACCUAGGAGUAAGUCUGCUGUAUUCCAUGGGGCAUCCUUCUGAGCUGACAUUCCUUAAAAUACAAGCAAGGAGAUCCUUAAAAAGAAAUAGCACAAAGGCAAGAAGAUUUUUGGUUUUGGGUUUUUUUGACAAAUGAAGGAGGGCAAAGACACAGGGAAACACACACAGGGAAAUGAACAUAGUGCAAAAACAAUUGGUAUUGAGAGAGCAAAUCAUAUGUCCUAGAGGAUGGAAAGCAAGAAUGAAAAGCAACAGACCCAGAACUCAACCUUGAGGUUAAGGCCAAACUGCUAGCUAUGCUGGAAGAUGUUUUAUUGAUAUUGUUUCUCUUACGAAAUGCGGUUGUGGAGGCUCCUUGUUUGAUCAGUGAAAGAGGGGUGGGGUGGAGGAGCGAUUGAUCCUCUCUCUCGUACUGUUUUCCUCCAAAUUAUGAGUGCACAGCUCCUGUUUUUAACCAGUGUGCAGUGGCUUCUGGUGCACCUUGGAGCUCAGUUCAAGGGUGCUGGUGAAAAUGACUUGGGACUAGGAUGCUUAAAGAGAACCAUUAUUUCCUGCAUCUGUCUUUCUCAAACAUUUAAGAUCUGCAUCAGGUUGUUGUUCUUGUUGUUGUUACAAAUUAUUACCUGCCUGUCACUCUAAGGUCCCAGGGCAGGUUACAACAAUUAAAAUACAACAUUAAUUUUAACAAUGCAGUAUUACACAAUAUUAAAACAGUUUAAAAGAACUUAAAAUGUUUUUGUGACUGACAUUGAAUUUUCAGGUUCUUUUAGUAACCCUUAGGCUUGAUUAUUGCAAUACCUCUAGCGCACAUGAGAGUAAACCAGGCCAGGCCUCUUUUUAAGGCGUAGGUAAUUUUAAUGAUGCUUAACUUGCCCAUAGGGGUGCUCAGCUGGCGCCAGGCUUGUGCAGAACUUGUCUGAAGCCCAAGGCCAGAGUCCCUGAUCAGCUGGGAGGCAUGGGCUGGUGUACCGGCCAUAGCUGGCAAAAUGCACCCUCAGACAUUGCCAUCCCCUGAGCUUAUAAAACCAGCAACAGGUCAAGGAGCAUCCUUCAGCCUGCAGACCUGAUUCGGGGGUGGGGUGGGGGAGGAACGCACAGGAUUUAGCUGAGCCUGGAUAUCAGCAUAUUUAAUGCACACACACAAAAUAGUAAUCUGCAGGUCGAUUCCUUUGUUAGAGCUGAUUGGAAAGUCACAGAGAAGCAAGCAAGCUUUGGAAUUCAGUACAACAACAACAAUUUAUUUAUACCCCACCCAUCUGGCUGGGUUUCCCCAGCCACUCUGGGCGGCUCCCAACAGAAUAUUAAAAACACAAUAAAACAUUACACAUUAAAAACUUCCCUAUACAGGGCUGCCUUCAGAUGCCUUCUAAAACUCAGGUAGUUGUUUAUUUCCUUGACAUCUGAUGGGAGGGCGUUCCACAGGGAGGGCACCACUACAAAGAAGGCCCCUGCCUGGUUCCAUGCAACCUCACUUCUCACAGUGAGGGAACCGCCAGAAGGCCCUCAGAGCUGGACCUCAGUGUCUGGGCUGAACGAUGGGGGUAAAGACUCUCCUUCAGAUAUACUGGGCUGAGGCCAUUUAGGGCUUUAAAGGUCAGUACCAACACUUUGAAUUGCGCUCAGAAACUUACUGGGAGCCACUGUAGGUCUUUCAGGACCGGUGUUAUGUGGUCCCGGCAGCCACUCCUAGUCACCAGUCUAGCUGCCGCAUUCUGGAUUAGUUGUAGUAUCUGGGUCACCUUCAAAGGUAGCCCCAUGUAGAGCACAUUGCAGUAGUCCACAUGGGAGAUAACUGCUCUUCAUCCAUGGUGUGGGUUAUUCAACAACAACAAAAAGCCCAAACAAACAAUGGCAACAAAAAUGGUGGGUGGGGGUGGGUGGAUGGAAGUAAAAGAUUCUCCUGGACUAGAUCAACAGUGCAAUCCUAUGCAUGCCUAGUCAGAAGCAAACCCCCUUGAGUUCAAUGGGAUUUAUUGUCCACGUGUGGUCCCAGUAAGCACAAUACAUCUCAGCCAGCAUUUUCUUGCCCCAAUCCCUGGCUUUUGUUUCUGAUACCCAGCGGAGGAAGAGUGCUAAUGAACUCCAAAACUGGCUCACUUCUCUUUCACUUUGAAGUUGAGCCCAAUCAUGGUAUUGCUCUUGAUCUUGAGGGCCAAUGUGGCUGCGUGUGUGAUUUGAUUAAGCUAUUCAGCCUCAUCUUGACCAUUUCCGAUUCUCGCCGAACUGCCGCUGCUGUUUCCUUGCUUUCAAAUAAUUUGCUUUUCUCCCUUCCCCCCUUCCUUUUCUUUUCUUUUAAAAAAAUAAUUUUAUAUUUUGAAGCUCUUCGGAUUUGUUUACGCCUGCUACGUCAGCAAAGUGUUUAUGGAGGAAGAAGACAGCUGUAAGUACCUUUCAUCUACAAAUAAUUGGAGAUUACUUGGCUAUGGAGUACUCCAUUUAGGGGUAGAGGGAGUGUGGCAUGUAGCUCAAACUGUUUAUAUGACGCAGUAAUCGAAUAUGGUUCAAAUGCCAUCUUGGUGGCCUAGCAGGGAUUUUGAACCUAGGUCUGCCCAAUUUAAAUCCAGCAUACUUAUUAACCCAUGGGUAGGCAAACUAAAGCCUGGGGGCUGGAUGCGGCCCAAUCACCUUCUAAAUCCAGCCUGCGGACGGUCCGGGAAUCAGCGUGUUUUUACAUGAGUAGAAUGUGUCCUUUUAUUUAAAAUGCAUCUCUGGGUUAUUUGUGGGGCACGUUCACUUUUCCCCCUUCAAAAUAUAGUCCUGCCCCCCACAAGGUCUGAGGGACAGUGGACCAGCCCCCUGCUGAAAAAGUUUGCUGACCGCUGACCGCUACCCUAGAUGGACUCCCUGUGUUUUGUGGGUACCAAUUCGUGUGGGGUUGAUAGUAAACAGGGAGAUAAAAGCUUCUUUUAUAUAUUACAUUUAUACUUCACUUACCCUUCAAAGAAACUCAAGAUGGUGCCUGUGGUGCUUUCCCCUCACACUCUCCCCACAGCAAUCCUGUGAGGUAGGUUUUGAGAGAGAAAAAGACACCACAUUCCAGCAAGCAGAAGCUAAAGGUUUCUACAUUCCUCCCCUUCCAAUUCUCUCCAUCCAGACAAGCAAGGGCCUGGGGAGAGUCCUGGGGGCCACACAGAGAAUCCUGAGGGGCCACAUUAGCCCUACGGGCUGGAUUUCCCCACUUCUGUUCAAUGCCAUUCACCUCCGAUGCCUGCGGAGGAAGGCUGGAGUCCCAGUUUGCAAAAGAACAAUGAAUGCAUCCUCUAGCACGGUUAAUUCGAAAAUGUUUCUGCAAGCAAAUCACCCUGCCAGCCUGUGGCUCAUGUUCAGAUAACAUUCUAAAUAGAUGUAGCGGAAAAUUAAAACCUUUUGUGUAAAACAGGACACUGCCUAGCCAUUGUAAUAAGUUGCUUGGAAUAUAUUUGAAGCUGGCAGAGGCUUAUUUGCUCCUGAUAGCUUCCAAACGGCAGCAUCUGACACAAAUGAAAUUAUUAAUAAAGUUUACACAUGAAAAAACCCAUUUAGGGAGCAGCAAAUUAUACGUAUCCUCCUACUCAGAGCUUGGAAUACAGGCGGAAGCUGGUCCUUCCCUGCAUGUUUGUCUUUCCUAACAAACUUCAGAGAGAGCUCUCGGCUUUGACAGUCAUUCAUUUAAUUCCAAAUCUAAUCAGACAGUCCAUUAUAGAAGAAGAGACUCAAGCUCAGCUAUGGCAAAAUUAAUAUUAGAAGUGUAACAGAAGAAGCUCUGAAUGCCUCUCACACAAUAUGGAAUGGAAAGUCAGAAGACCAGGCUGGAAAGGGGGACCUCAUUGCUCUAUCUAUGUAUCUAUAUUGCAAAACAUUUUUAAAAACAGUACAGUGGUACCUUGGUUCUCAAACUUAAUCCAUUCCAGAAGUCCGUUCCAAAACCAAAGCGUUCCAAAACCAAGGCGCGCUUUCCCAUAGAAAGUAAUGCAAAAUGGAUUAAUCCAUUCCGGACUUUUAAAAACAACCUCUAAAACACCAAUUUAACAUGAAUUUUACUAUCUAACAAAAUCAUUAUGAAAGCAAUAAUCAUUGUACUGGACUGUAAAAUAAAUAAGACAGUAUUGUAGAUGAUAAAAAUUUAAAUUAUUAUUUUCUUACCUGCACUGAUGAUCGUUAUUGUUUGGAUGGGGGGCUUUUAUCCAUUUCUGCAGUCAUACAAUCAAUCAAUCAAUCAGUAGCUGAACUGGGUUCCACACAGUCACAAAAACAAAUUAACCGAAAGAGUCUCAAAAACGAAAAACACAAAAUAAAUAGCAAAAACAAAAGUGCCAAACUUAAUCCAUUCCGGAAGUCCACUUGACUUCUGAAAUGUUCGAAAAUCAAGGCGCAGCUUCUGAUUGAUGCAGGCGCCCUGGAAACAAUAGCCAACAGCCGCAUCGGACGUUCGGCUUCCGAAAAACGUUCAAAAACCGGAACACUUAUUUCCAGGUUUUCGGCGUUUGAGUAGCAAGGUACCACUGUAAUGUCAAGGCUGCCAAAAAUAGUGUCUUUCAGCCAUCAAAUUCAUGAGAAAACAGAUGUUUUUUAAAUUCCUCUUGAAAGACAGUAAUGAGGGAGACAAAUGCACCUCCCCAGGUGGAAAAGGGGCCUCAAAAAUGAUGAUAAUAAUCAAGGAGUUGGGUUAAGAAGCAAAAAUCUCUAGAGACACUUAUGUAACGUUCUUUGUGUACACACCAUAUAUUUAAAGCACAUGGCUAUCCCUCAAAGAAUCCUGGGAGCUGUAGUUUGCCCCCACUCACCAAGCUAUACUUUCCAAUACCCUUAACCAACUACAGUUCCCAGGAUUCUUUGGGAGGGGUCAAGCGCUUUAAAAAUGCAUGGCGUGUCUGCAGCCUCCACUGCCACGUUUUGUGUGUUGCUGCUUUUGUUGUUUGGUCUGUUGAACCUGAGCUGUUUGAUAUGAAUGCUUACUCCUCGUUUUUCACCCUGCAGUUGAUUUCAUUGGGGGAUUUGAUUCAUAUGGCUACCAGGCACCCCAAAAGAUGUCACACUUGCAGCUACAGCCUUUGUAUACGUGAGUAUCUCUCAUCUGUGGGGAUCAGGGAUGCAUGGGGGCUGCUAGACAAUGCCCUUACUUAGAUCCUCUUCCCUCCAUGUUGAGAGAAGCCGUAUGUGUCCCCUUCGCUAAACACUGCACCUAUCCUGCCACUGGCACUAUGGGCUGCCAUAUGAGGGUGAAAUGUUCAAUGGGGAGGAGAUUCACAUCAGUCAGUUCAUGAAAUGUAUGUGGGAUAUUGAACCACCUGCAAUCUAAGCCACGUGUAAACACAACCACCCUAUUUAUUUAAACCGGAUUUAUAUACUGCUUGAUCAUCAAAAGCAGUGUAUAUAAGAUAUCAAAUUAUUGAUAAAAUCAGAUGUUGUAAACAAGUUAGCCUUUAAGCACCUCUUAUAGAUUGACACAGACAGUCCUGAGCUCUGACGCUUAGGGAUGUAUUCAACUUAAGUUUUACUCAAGAGUAGACCCAUUGAAACCAAUGGGCCUAACAGAGUCCUCUCCAUUAAUUUCAAUGGGUCUGCUCUAAGCAAGACUAGCGCUGGAUACGACACUUAAUUUUUAAUACCGUUUUUAGGAAAUUGCAUUGAAUGCCAUUGGGUGUAUCUUUUAAACAGUUUUUAUGUAAAGCGCUUAGAACUUUGUAGAAUAUAAAAAUAUUGUACAUAAAUAAGAAUGAAUGAAUGCAUGCAUGAAAAAAAUUGAAUGGGCCCUGUUUCAUUCAGGUUUUUUGAAUGGUUCUGAAUUUAUCUCACUGCCCUUAAUGGUGUUUGCUGAAGCUUUGUUGCCAGCCCUGGACUAAAUCUGAUGCCUUUGCUCUGUUUUGUUCUUUUAGCUCUGGAUAACUGUUUCCUUAACUACAGUGAGCUGGCCCCUGGGGACGUUUGCAAAAAACGCAAGGCAAGCAGGGUGCCGAAUAUGAUAAAAUGAUUCCAAAGCCAAAUGGCAGUCACCUCCUCUGGAGAUCUGGUGUGGCCUGAAAUCCUGCCCAGAGACAACACAGUGACUCUUCCUGGGUUCAUUUCCUCCCCUCCUUUCUCUUUAACUCCUUCAUUUGAGUGGCCACAGAGAGUUUUCAUGCACCUGGAAGAUGAUUCUGGCACAAGUUCUCUCUGCUCAAGACUGAGGAACCAAAAAGAAGCUCGACGCUCCACCUGCUGGCCAGUGUUUGUAGUGGUGCUGGUAACUCCAGCGAAUUUUUUUAAAAGGAAAAUCAAGCAAGGGCAAUAUUACGUUCCAGAGAGGGCAAGGAAAAGCCCUAUUUUUAAGGAAGACCUUUUUCAGGUUUUGAAGUGUUGCUCUUUUUUUUUUAAUUGUUCUGGAUCACUUCCUGUUGUCCCAUUUGCUUCUGAGCAAAUGGCUUUGCAAUGUGGCACAGGCUGCAAGAGAAUCCAUACAUUGCAAUAAAGAGUGAGAUAGAUAUAUAUCUGACAUCUGGAAAGGGGAAGCUUCAUUAGGUCUGAAAUCUGUUCUUCCCACUCCCAGCCCCCGUACACCCAAGGCUUCCCAAUCCCAUUCACUAUUCAAAUGAGCAUCAGUUAAAAAUCCAACUCCUGGUAACCGCAGGAGAAGACAAAAUAGUUCUUUGAUCAUGGAGACAGAAUUGAAUAUAUGCGUACUGUGACAAAUGUGUGGGUUUAUUUCUGAGCUGG